CGCCAAACAACCAAUCAGCGUUCAGGGUUCGGCCUGCUCUGGGCUUGUCCUUGGUGAUUGGGGGCGCUGUGAGCCAAUGGCAGUGAAAGUUGCUUGUUUGUGUAUGUGGGCCUAACUGAUGGUCAGCCAGGCUGGGAGCUGCUUGGAGGACCCAUUGUACUCACAGGAUGGAGUGAGCCAGCAGCCGGCCGGAGGGUGAGUGAGCCACGGAGCGGACUGUACGGAUAUAUCACUACAGAGACAGAGGAGGCACUCUGUAUAGUAAUAAACACUGCUUCUAAACUGAGAGACAGAGAGAGAGACUGCUUCUAAACUGAGAGAGACUGCUUCUAAACUGAGAGAGAGAGAGACUGCUUCUAAACUGAGAGAGAGAGAGACUGCUUCUAAACUGAGAGAGACUGCUUCUAAACUGAGAGACAGAGAGAGAGACUGCUUCUAAACAGAGAGACAGAGAGAAACUGCUUCUAAACAGAGAGAGACUGCUUCUAAACAGAGAGAGACUGCUUCUAAACAGAGAGAGAGACUGCUUCUAAACAGAGAGAGAGACUGCUUCUAAACAGAGAGAGAGACUGCUUCUAAACAGAGAGAGAGACUGCUUCUAAACAGAGAGAGAGACUGCUUCUAAACUGAGAGACAGAGAGAGACUGCUUUUAACCUGAGAGAGAGACUGCUUUUAACCUGAGAGAGAGAGACUGCUUUUAACCUGAGAGAGAGAGAGACUGCUUUUAACCUGAGAGAGAGAGACUGCUUUUAACCUGAGAGAGAGAGACUGCUUUUAACCUGAGAGAGAGAGACUGCUUUUAACCUGAGAGAGAGAGACUGCUUUUAACCUGAGAGAGACAGACUGCUUUUAACCUGAGAGAGACAGACUGCUUCUAAACAGAGAGAGACUGCUUCUAAACAGAGAGAGACUGCUUCUAAACUGUGUGAGAGAGACUGCUUCUAAACUGUGUGAGAGAGACUGCUUCUAAACUGUGCGUGUUAGAGAGAGACUGCUUUAAAUUGUGUGUUAGACUGCUUCUAAACUGUGUGUGUGUGAGAGAGAGAGAGACAGACUGCUUCUAAACUGUGUUUGUGGUACAGAGAUAGUUAUCAAGUGUGUGUGUCAUAGAGGAAGAUAGACUGCUCUCCAUCAGGGUGUGCUUGAGGAGGAAACAGAGAGACAACUGUGUGCUGGAUGAAAACAGAGACAGACACUGCUCCCCAUAAGUGUGUGCCGGAUGCAGAGAGAGACUGCUCCCCAUCAGGGUGUGCUGGAUAAGAGAGGGGGAGACAAAGACUGAUCCCCAUCAGUGUGUGCUGGAUGCAGAGGGAGACUGCUCCCCAUUAGGGUGUGCUGGAUGAGGAGAGACAGAGACUGCUCCCCACCAGCGUGUGCCGAAUGAAGAGAAAGAGAGCUCAACUUACACAACUCAUGAUUUAAAUUUGCAAUAUUCCUCAUGUUUUCAUGGAUGCAUGUCUCUUUUUUCGCAAUGAUGGGCAGCAUCUGUAACAACUCCCCAGUAUGCAAUAUGUAGCAGUAAUAUGCUGCAUGAAGGAAAUAGGAUCUUUGACCACAGAGAGACCAUGCUGUAUAUGAAUAUUACAUAUGACUGGGGUUUUCAUUUCAUGUGCUGUCCUUUUGUUAUGAAUAAGUGAUAUGUAUUCAGUAAAAAAAUGGUGCUUUUGGAAAUUGUAUCCUUCUCAUUAUGUUUAAGAGAAGUAAGGCUCUUUGUUAUUACACCUUUGGUGGUAGAAAGCUCCUCCUUGUGUGUUAAGUAAAUAAACCCUCUAUUAUUUUGAGCGGAGAAACCAACAGCUUGUGUGAUUAGGAAAAAUAGAUCACUUACGCCUCUGAAAGAGGGUCAUCCAGAAAUAAAACAAUCCCUACUUUUAAGGAAAGACAUACAGAAACUUGAUAUUAAUUUAAAGGACAGCUAAACAAAUUUAAGCUAGAUAAACCAGUUAUUUGUGAGAUACAAUUCCUUAAAUAUUUAUAAAUGAGAUUGUUAGUGACCAUGUAGGAGUCGGUAAUAUUUUUGAGUAUCAGCAGCUGUUUACUCUGAUUCUAAUAAUGUGAAGUCCUCCCAAAAAAAAGGGCUAAGCUUCAUGGGAUGUGUAAUUUAAAGUAGUUAGUGAUCCAGGCGAUUUUUUUUUUUUUUUUUGGAACAGGGGUUAAACUGAAACUUCGUUAUACUAAUUGUUUUUCUUUACUUUCUUGUUUUUCAGCCAGAGAUAACACCUGAAAAAAGGGAAUAUUUAAGUAUAAAAGUGAUCAUCAGCAAUUGUUAUGGAGCAAAAAGGGGACUAACUGUGAACUACAUUUUGUGCCAUAAGCCUUAUAUCAUUUAUUGAAGACACAUUCUAAAGAUGGAUGAGGAGACAUUCUGUGUGUGACAGGGCAUUGACUGUGGAGGAGUUUUUAUUUGGACUGCAAAUUCAGGAUUUUGAAGAAUUCAAGAUCAUAUUUUCACAUGGCUGGAGCAAUCGCAUCAAGAAUGAGCUUCUCCUCAUUGAAACGGAAACAGCCCAAAACUUUUAUCGUCAGAAUAAUCACAAUGGAUGCAGAGAUGGAGUUCAACUGUGAGGUACAAAAAUAUAUAACCUUUUGGUUUUAUUUUAAAUCAUGUCACUCCUCACUUUCUGGUUGCCAGUAAAACAUCAUCUGCAAUCUAGCUCCAAGUCCAAGUUCUUUCUGCAACCUGAUCUUCUGGUCCACCUUUUUGUUUAAAUUGGUACAGUUAAUAGAUUUAACUGUAUGCUACAGUAAAGUCGUGCACAUGCAUCAUUACUUUAGAUUGGAUAAAUGCCCCCAUAUUCAAUUAGCCAUGGUUUUACAAUUCUGGGAUAUAAAACUGCAGGACUUAUUUGCUAAACUCUGAAUUGUUGAGAAUUGACUUGAGCAUUGUAAACUUUUGGAGAAAUAGAUAAGUUGGAAAAUUUUAGUUUAAAAAUGUUAAAAUUCUCUUGUCAUUUGUUUAACCAUUCCCAAGUUAGGCUGAUCACAGCAUGUUAUUGCUAGCUAAAACUAGAAGGAUAAUGUGCAAGUGGAACUUUGGCACUAUCAAGUGGGCAUUUGAGAUGACAGGCUUGUUGUGCCGAUAAAGACCCUAAUUUUGUAAAACUACUGUUCUGUGUUUUGCUAAAAAACAAAUGGAUGGCCCCUAAAGAUUCCUUUCACCAUAACUACCACAAUAAGGUAUAGUGACUGUAAGGAAACCAAGUAUAUUUAAACCUAUUCAGUAGUUUCCUCCCGAACCGCCAGAGCCUCAGUGAUUAUAGCUCUCUGUUCGGUAGAUAGGGUAGACGAAUCCAAUAGUAAUUCCCACAGCUUCACCAGAUGAUUCCCUUAGUGAAACACACGAAUCCCCAAACAUCAGUCGAAGUCAAGAAGAAGGGUACAAAAUGAACUGGCCGUUAAUGGGUGCACACAGCUUUUAUGCAAGUCCCCAUGCAAGGGGACAGCCCUCAGGGAGGGACAAACAUUAACCAAUCACAUACAGUAAAACUUUAACACACACCCACAGUUCCCUCCCCUAGCCCAGGAGAUAAUUCAGUCUGAUAAACUAUUAACCUAAUUAUCUCCGGGCUGAAAAAUCACCUUUUUCCCCAAUAACUGGAACACCCCUUUAUACUUGGGGUAUCCCCAUAAAUCAUAUGACCCCUGAUAGCCCUGAUCUGGGUGACCAACAUAUCCGAAUUUCACCCAGAUCGGUUCAGGGGUUCGCAAAAACUAUGGAAGUCUCUUGUGACCGGCUCACCCUGGGCUGUAUGCCCAAAACAGUUCCAUGAAUUUGGUGGGUUUUGCCGGUCACUUUCGAAAUAGCAGAAAAACUAACAAAGUACCGAAUGGAUCCCUCUGGCUCCUAGCAGCGUUCGUGUCCCUCUGUCGAAUACACCAAAGUACCGAAUAGCGCUCUCCUAGCUAUUCGGUAAAUAGAGUUCCAGCGUUCGUCUGUUUGGGAAGUCGAGUGUCCGUUUUCAGUUCCAUGCACUCGACGACCAGGUCCCGCUGUCUUUGUUCGCAUGAACAAAGAUGGCCGCGGUUUUCUUUGCCACGUGGCGUUCAUCUGUACGAACGCUGGCCGCACAGACAGAGGUAGCAAUUUCACCAAACUUUGAUGUUUAAUGAGCCAGAGUAUGAGCCAGUAGUUAUAUCUACCGAAUGCAAUGGGCAGAAAUAGUGUAAAAAAGGGAAUGCAGUGAGUAUAUAUAUAAUAUAACAAAAGGAGAUUUCUUCACAGUGACUAUAGGGCUUUUUUCAAUGUUAAAAUAUUGUGCAGUGUUAAGUAGUUCAACUUCCACCCCACAAGGUGACGUUUUUGCUUGUGUGGAGGUGUCCAAGGUGAGUAGAUAAUGGAGAUAUACUUACUUUAAGCUUUCCAUUCUUGGUGCUGUCAUAUUCUUGAAGCAAUAUUUCACCGGCUGUCCGUUACUUCAUCUAACAAAAUCCACAUGAUCUUCCAUAGAUAGUUUUUGACAUGUGCAGAAAGGUGUCUAUAAGCAUGUAUAGGAAUCACUUGAGUUGAUGCCUUUUCAUAUCAGGCAUUGCAACCAGUGGAUGAUGGGAAAUGGCACAGGAAAUUCAACUCUGCCAAAAAUUGCCAGUUACAUGAGGCAAAUUAGUUCCUACUUUGUCUCAUGUAUAUAUUUUGUUUGUGCUGUACUUUCUAAUAAAUGUUAACAUAGUCAAACAGAAUUUUUCACAAUGAAAAGCUCAAAAGUGACAAAGUCGCUUUAAAUAAAACAAUAGUUAACUAGGGCAAACAAAAUAUAAUUGGUUAAAGAAGAUAAAAUGAGCUUGCUUUGUUUUAUUGAUCUUGCCAUAUAAUAAACUCUGGUUGCAGGUUUGAUUUUGAAAAGGUUGAAGCUUAAUAGUGCAAACUCAGUAUAAUAAUCAUUACCAUGCCCUUGGUUUGCUAGAAGGCUGUGUGUGGCCCUUUCUCUUGUUUCUCUGUCAAACUGAUGUAGGUAUCAAACAUCUACACCGGUAGGUGACACCUGCUGUGGUUAAGGGGAAAUAAAAUGGAUAAUAUCCCUGAAUCACAUGUGAUGUGCCCGUUUCAGACCCUUGCUCUGCACUUUAUCACCUGCCAGCCUCACUUACAAUUUUGUUCUUUUGCACAUGCAGAAAAUACAAAAUUGUGAAAUGAUUGAUGGGAUCUUUCUAUCCUAUGGAUUGGCAUUUCUGGGAGUCAGACUGCCGUAAGAACUACAAAUUCAUCUCUUGCUUACUAGGGGAGAUCCGUAGAUCUCCCAGGAUCAGCACACAUGAUCUGCAAGGCAGUGGCUGUCUCUGUUUGCUGUGUAAGCACAAAAAGGUCCUGUGAUCUAUUUGCUUUCCUGUACAGCAUUCUGACAGAGUGCCUCGAGAAGAUGUGGUUAUAUUGUUUCUGUCAGUCUGGAUGUUGUGCUGGAAAUGAGGAGUUUCUAAGAAGUUGUCUUUGAUGUCAUUGCAUGCACGGACAGUAGACUCUACCACUAGCACCAGGAACAGACAUGUGGAUUUGUGAAUUAUGGUAUUUAAGAGAGAACUAUUUUAUGUAUGUUGUUAAUUAGAUGUGAGUAUGUGAAAGAUUAUGGAUUAAGACCUGAGAGUAUGACUAAUUUGUACUUAUUAAUGAACAUUUUUUUUUUCUUCUCCCAAAUACUGUAGACAUUUAUCAAGUUCUGUAGUCAAAGUGUCCAUACUUUGUUUAAAAUAAAAUACCUAAGUAAAUUAUAAUAAAGAAUAGAUUUAUAUUAACAUUAACAUAAGACAUUUGUUAAAAAACACUCUUUGGAUCUCAAGAUACUGUAAAGUGAUACUCAGGGGUGAAUCUGUUCUUAAUUUUGUGAAGAUUAAUGAAUUAAGAGAUGCAAAAGCUUAAUUAACGUUAUUAAUGGAAUUAAUGAUCUCUGAAGUUUCUCAAGGAAUCAUAAAAUGCCUGAGAUUUCCCAUUGUCCCAUUUUUCCAUUGUACUUUUGGGAAAGCUGGACAAAGCUGUAAUCCUACUCAGCAUACCUGUCUAUCCAAGCUGGAUAUGUAAAGGGAAAGAUAUAGGGGAUCUUGUUGUUGCCAUAUUAUGUGCACAGAUCAUAUGUUUUUAUAGUGCAUGGAGUAUUUCUUUUAUAGAAACUAUUUUCAUAUGCACAGUAAAUAUCUAUCUAAUCUAUGCUAUCCUAAACUUAGUUUAUAACAGCAGAUCACAGAAGUGAUACAUCCCCAAUACUUCAGCUGGAAUCUUUCUCAAGGAAGUAAAGAUUAAAAUAUUGCAAUAUGUGUGUUUUUGUUUUUGUUUUUUUUAUGUUUAAAUCGAAUAUAUUUAGACAAUGGAAGGAAGGUACUUUCCCUGCAUGUAAAUACACAAUAACUGUACACAUUGUGUAUCUAUCUGCAGAGGAAUGGAUUUCCCCUGUGAUGUGGUGACUGUUCACUGUGCAAUAAAGGGUAUUUUUGCUUUAAAAUACUUUCAUAUUUAAAAGCAGUUUAGAUUUCUACAUACAAUGUUCAUGUAUAGCCAGGGCAUCAGGAAUUUUCUAGUGGAAUGUUUAAAUAUUUCAGAUUAUCCCUAUUUACGUAAUGGUGACUACUCCCGUUAUUCUUUGAAGCCCAAGUGGUUUCACAAUGUGAUUUAUACUUGGAUUUUACACUCUCAAAAUCAGAAAUCAUUCCUAAAAUGUCUGCAUAAGAGUGAUCUCUAUUUAUCAGAGAUGUACUUUACCAUGGCUGCUUGUAAAAUCUUUUUAAAAUUAUUUAUGUAUAGCCAUUCAUGAUUAGAAUGUGUUGGCAUAUUUUAUUGCAUAUGUAUUCUAGUUUGGUGAUGCCAUUGAGAAUACUUCUAUGAUAAUCAGGUCACCAUUUAAUACCCUCAGGGGUGAAAAACAUGUUGUUUAGUAUGACAUAUCAACUACAUCUCCAUGCCUUUCAUGUGAUGUGUCAUUGCAACUAUUCCCUUAAAUCACAUAAUUAUGUAAGUGUAUGUAAUAUUCCAGAUGCUUACUUGUUUUCCCUUACAACGCUACUGGAGAAAGGAGAUUAGGUUAAAAAUCCAGCAAUAUCCCUGUAAAAAACCUGCAAAAGAUGGAUAUAGAUUAAAUUAAAUGUCACAGUUAUUAUUAUUGCACGUGUUUAACUUUGUUUUUAUUUUACGUUGUAUGCCUGGCUGUUUUGGCACAGACAGAAUACAAUUAUAACCCCUUAAGGACCAAACUUAUGGAAUAAAAGGGAAUCCUGACAUGUCACACGUCAUGUGUCCUUAAGGGGUUAAUUUAAUGCCCGUCUCAUUGUAAUUCUCCAUAAGGUAUAUAACCGUGCUAUUAUUAUGAGGAGAUGAUGUCACUGUGCUUUGGAAAUAAACUUUUUUUAAAUUUUAUUUUUAUUGCUAUUAACAGUGCUCAUUCCUGUAUUCACUUCAAUACCAUCUUUUUAUUGUAGUGAGUGAGGAAAUGUCAUUUUCACAGUUGUGACUGUUAUAUGUAGAUUUCUUUCAGGUAUUUGGUGAUACUUUGUUGCUUCAAUUACACUGCAAAGUAACCAUGCCAAUGCAACAUUGCACAAACCUUUGCCUGUGUUAAAAAUCCUAUGUUGUCAUAGUAAUGUGUUUAAAUUCAGCUGUCUAAAAGCGAAUAAGAACUAGCUGGGAAGUAACUUUAACCUAAGACAAUUUGAAUAUCUGAAACUGCUUUGAAACCUCUGUUUACAAAAAUGAAAGCUUUCAGUUUAGUAAGGCUAAGAAAAUGUUUAUAUCAUUUUAUCUUUGGAACGUAAUUGACUUCUAUGAAUACAAUCUGUUUUGAUCAUUGAAGAGCAUUAAAAUAAAUAAUUCCUAAUUUUUUGACUUCAUGAAUAACCCUUAUUCUUUUUUUAACCAAACUUCAUUCUAAUGCUAUUGGCGGUAUUGAAGUAUGGGAUCUGUAGUCAAAGAACAUAGUGAACCCUAUAGUUAUGUACACCUUUCUAAUUCAUAUGUGAAAAGUGACGGGCUAAAUGACUUGUUCCAGACUGCUGUUUAUAGUCUCUUACACAAUGUAUUUGAAUUCACAGGUCAAGUGGAAAGGGAAGGACCUGUUUGACCUGGUAUGUCGUACUCUGGGACUACGCGAAACAUGGUUCUUUGGGCUUCAGUACACAAUCAAAGAUACAAUAGCAUGGCUCAAGAUGGAUAAAAAGGUAAGAAAACUGACAUUAUACUAAUUUCGGAUCUAAAGUGCUUUUUACCUCUUUUAACAUUUCCUAUUUUCUUUUACUACAGGUUCUGGAUCAUGAUGUUCCUAAAGAAGAACCCGUUACCUUUCAUUUUCUUGCCAAAUUCUACCCUGAAAAUGUAGAAGAGGAGCUAGUACAGGAGAUAACACAACAUCUCUUUUUCCUGCAGGUACUACUUUCAUCCUAUGUCUCUGAAGUAAAUGUAUGGAACUAAUAAUAAAAUUAAUAACUAAAAAUAACUUAGAAAUCGAGUGUAAAGUCAGAGUCUACACUCCUUGCUUUUGGCAAUUCAAUAUUAUUUAUUAAUUGGCUAUCAAACAAAUAAACAAUACAUAUAUAUUUGAAUUAGGCUAGUAUAUGUUGCUACCAAAACUAGUCAAUGAUUGAAUGGAAAGUAAACUAAAUUAACAUAGUGAAAAUAUAACAUAGCAUAGACACAUGAUAACGUUACCACUCCAUUGAUCAUCAGCUGAUAGUAGGAGAGAGGGGGUGUGUAUAGUGGGGACAGGGAACAGAAAGAGAGGGUGAGGAGAGUUGAAAUUUAAAGAGAGAGAGAAAUGUGUUAUAGGUUAGCCCUUCCUUCUGCUAGACCCACCUCCUUCAGUCAAUCCCUUAGGAUCUAACAGAACCAGAGUGACUCCUCAGGGAAGAGCGAUUGCCCUGGAAGGGAAUGGAGGAGUUGUUUAGCAACAACUUAACUGGUUUUGCCUUGUUAAAGGCCAUGUGCUCACAGAGGACUCCAUUAUUGCCUAAGGGUAGAAUGGGGCUUGAAUUCCUGUAUUAGAACACAAUAACACUUCAUUGAAAUACAGAUUGGCUGUUAAUCAGUCCCCCCACUUAUUACAGUCUCUGCUGUGCUGUAUAUAAAAACGCUUAUACUUUAUAAUUCCUGUGCUAUAUAUUGACACUGUCAUUCUAUGUCAUUCCUCUACCUAAAAUACACAAUCUUAUCCUCUGUCUCUUCUUCGCAGUAUAUAAACGCUCUUUCCUCUGCCAACCAUUAUAUUCUUUCUGUUCUCUAGGUGAAAAAGCAGAUACUUGAUGAGAAAAUCUAUUGCCCCCCAGAAGCCUCUGUGUUAUUGGCAUCAUAUGCUGUACAAGCAAAGGUGCGUCCAACCGCCACCUAUACCCAUGAAAGAAUUAAAAUAGGCCUUUCAGAUAUGUCAAUUUAAAAAAAAUUUUUUUUCAUGUGUGCGAUGUAUUGCUUAAUUGCAGCCUUUUUCUUCUCUUUAUUAUAUUGCACUAUUUGUUUAUUAGGCCACCAAUAUGGAAUUUGUCAAUAAAUAACAAUAGUAAUUCCUGACAAUACAUGCUUUAAUGAAUAACUCUAGGAAUAGUUUUCAGCUUGAUGAAUGACACAGCAAGGGACUAUAGUUAGAUAUUUCUACUUAUGCUAAUGUGAAGUAGUCACAGAGAUAAAGGACAGAUGACUAGUUCCACAAGCAUUCUGAAAAUGUUUGGUGCAGGCAUAAUGUAACCAGACAUAUUAACCCCUUAAGACCGGAGGGCGUACAAUUACGCCCUAUUUUAGGCGGCUCUAAAUGCCGCCGGGCGUAAUUGUACGCCCUCCGGUCUUUUCGCCGGCGAUCGCAGUUGGGCCCGCAGUAGAUCCUCUUCCUACGGUGCCCCCCGGCCAUGUGAGAGUGAGGUCCUUGCAAGGACCCCACAAUCACAUGGCCGGGGGUAGCUGCCUCCUGCAUUGCCAGCAGGGGGGCUGCCUGUAAUGACAGGUGGUCCCCCUGCUGGCUGGAAAUGAAAUUAAAAUAAAAUUAAUUAAAAAGUAAAGUGUAAAAAAAAAAUAUAUAUAUACUUAGAUCAUAUAUAUAUAUAUAUAUAUAUGAUCUAAGUAUAUAUAUAUAUAUAUAUAUAUAUAUAUAUAUAUAUAUAUAUAUAUAUAUAUAUAUAUAUAUAUAUAUAUAUAUAUAUAUAUAUAUAUAUAUAUAUAUUUUUUAGUAUGUAUAUAUACACACACAUACACUGUCUAGGUGUAUUUUACUAUUAAUAUAAAUAUAUAUAUAUAUAUAUAUAUCUCAAAUUACACGUAUUGUUAUAUAUAUAUAUAUUUAUAUAUAAUAUAAAAAAUUAAAUAUGUAAAUACGUUAAAAAAUAAAAUAAAAAAAUUAAAAAAAUAUAUAAAUGUGUGUUAUUUCGUUCUAACUGUAUUGUGAUAUUAAUAUAUAUAUAUAUAUAUAUUUAUAUCAAAAUACACGUAGAACGAAAUAAUAUAUAUAUCUAUAUACAUAAAUAUAUACGUAUAUAUCACUAUAUAUAUACCUAUAUAUAAAUAAAAAUAUUUUUUAAAAAUUAUAUAUAUAUACACAUAUAGAUUCACAUACGUAUAUAUAUACAUAUAUUAAUUCUACAUAUAUAUUUAUGUAUAAUAUUUUACAUAAUUAGGUAUCUUAAUUUAUUACAAUUAGCGGGACCUGCCUGACAACCCAUGCCGAAAGUAAAGGGAAUUUAAUUUGCUAGCACUAUAUUUAACCCUAUAACUUUCCAAGACACCAUAAAACCUGUACAUGGGGGGUACUGUUCUACUCGGGAGACUUCGCUGAACACAAAUAUUAGUGUUUCAAAACAGUAAAAUGUAUUACAACGAUGAUAUCGCCAGUAAAAGUGACGUUUUUUGCAUUUUUCAUGCACAAACAGCACUUACACGGACGAUAUUAUUGCUGUGAUACUUUUUACUGUUUUGAAACACAAAUAUUUGUGUUCAGCGAAGUCUCCCGAGUACAACAGUACCCCUCAUGUACAGGUUUUAUGGUGUUUUCAAAAGUUACAGCGUCAAAUAUAAGGCUUGCGUUUCAUUUUUUUCACAUUAAAAUUCUCCAGAUUGGUUACGUUGCCUUUGAGACCCUAUGGUAGCCCAAGAAUGAAAAUUACCCCUAUGAUGGCAUACCAUUUGCAAUAGUAGACAACCCAAGGUAUUGCAAACGGGGUAUGUCCAGUCUUUUUUAGUAGCCACUUAGUCACAAACACUGGCCAAAAUUGGCGUUUUUUGCAUUUUUCACACAAACAAAUACUAACGCUAGCUUUGGCCAGUGUUUGUGACCAAAUGGCUACUAAAAAAGACUGAACAUACCCAAUUUGCAAUACCUUGGGUUGUCUACUAUUGCAAAUGGUAUGCCAUUGUGGGUGUAAAUUUAAUUCCUGGGCUACUAUAAGGUCCCAAAGGCAAAGUAACCAAUCUGGCGAAUUUCAAUUUAAAAUGUAACGUGCUAUAUUUCACCCUGUAACUUCCCAAAAUGCCAUAAAACCUGUACAUAGGGGGUACUGUUUUACACGUGAGACUUUGCUGAAUACAAAUAUGUGUAUUUUAUUGCAGUAAAAGCAAAUCGUAUUAUGACAUUGACAGUUAAAAUGUCAUGUAGAACAAAAAAAAUCUAAUUUUCUCCCAUUGUUUUCAUAUUAAAUUAUGUUUCAUAGCUAUAUAUUUGAUAUUAAAUGAAAGCCCCGUUUCUCCUGAAUAAAAUGAUAUAUAAUAAGGAUGGGUGCAUUUACUAUGAAAGAGGUGAAUUACGGUUGGACAGACAUGUAGCGCAAAUGCCAGGUUUUGUUUACAUUUUGUUUCGUUCACAACGUGUACAUUUGGCUCCGUCCUUAAGGGGUUAAACCCCGUCUGUUUAAGCCUCCAAUGUAAAACAUUGCCAUUGUUUCAGAAAGGCAGUGUUUAUAUUGCAGGUUUAAUAUACCUCUAGUGGUUGUCUCCAUGUGCACUAAGCUCCCUGUGCUUACCUGUGGGGGACAUCGAUGAUCUCCGCUAAAGAUGCAGGACCAGCAGCAAGAAGACUAGCGCGGCAUGUGCUGAAAGGUAAAUAAUACUCCCCUUUCAAACCUUCACUGGGGGGCAUCUAGAUAGUUAAAAGGACACUAUAAACUAUAGAGUUGCGAAACUAUCUAUAUAUAUAUAUAUAUAUAUUAAAAAAACAGAUACAAUUGGUAUCUUGUAAUACCUUUUUUAUUGGACAAACAGAUUUUUGUAAUGACAAGCUUUUGGGAGAACCUCCCUUUCUCAAAAAAAUAUAUAUAUAUAUUUGCUAAAGUACUUAUCUGAAUGUGUGAUCGUAUGUAUAGCAGGUUAUUCUUUACUAAUUGAAUAGUGUAGUGUGCAUGGAAGACUUGUUUUAACCUGAGGAUGUCUUGGCAUCUUGACUUUUUUACACAGAUGCUUUGUUACUUUGGGAAAAUUCACUACAGGAAAGAUAAAACAUGCAAAUGUGUCGGUAUUUCUACUUAUCCUAUGAAUUCUUAAUACGUUCCAACAGGCCACGGUCACUAGUGUCAGUUAGAUUUCCCCAUAAAUGUCUGGUUAUAAAUACCGAUACAUGGUUUUAAAUACUGUAGUCAUCAUUUACAAGGUAAGUAUUACGGUGACACAGAAUUCUCAUGUUGUAUUAAUUGAUGCAAUCAAUAUACUUCAAAAAAAUUUCCCUAAUUUCCUUUUAGAACAUGCUUCUGGUUGCUAAUCUUGUAUCUCGUCUCCUUUUAGUAUGGAGAUUAUGAUGCCUCUGUACACAAACGUGGCUUUUUAGCUGAAGAGGAGCUGCUUCCAAAGAGGGUGAGCAUGCUGUAUCUAUUCAGAAGCGUUUGAAGUGCUUGUUAUAUUGUGCAUGUAAUAAUAGUUUACGGCCCUGCCAGAAGGCACCAUUUAUUUUGAAUCCAUUUUGUGUUUUGCGAACAUAAUUAGUUUGCCAUGGUUUGCAUUUUUUUUCUUUCUUUUUUUCUAAUGAACAAUUAAAGAUACAUUUGCAUAUGUCUUUGUUAGGUGAUAAACCUGUACCAAAUGACUCCUGAGAUGUGGGAGGAGAGAAUUACUGCAUGGUAUGCCGAGCAUCGAGGCCGCACCAGGUAAAGAAGGGAAACAGCACAUUAAUGGCGAAAAUAUUAUUUUUAACAGGUCAAAAUAAGUAACUUUUUCUUUUUUUUUCUCUCAGAGAUGAGGCUGAAAUGGAGUACCUGAAAAUUGCACAAGACACUGAAAUGUAUGGAGUAAAUUAUUUCCUCAUCCGAGUGAGUCAUGAAUUGAAAUUUCUAGUCCUGACCAUCGUUCCUCAACAGCUCAAUUUGCAUUAGCUAGGAUUCUUCACAUACAGAUGUUAUGUGAAUUAGGAUAUGCAUGCAGGGAAUCAUGAGAACAUUUUGCCAGUGGCGUCACUACUGCUAUUUGCAUCCCCUGACCACUCAAAUUAUUAAAUGCUUUAAACGGAUUGUAAAUCAUGAAUUCAUGCACUUACAGACACCACAAGUGUCUUUCAUUAAUGAAAACUUCUUAACUAUUCCUAGGCGCAAACUCUUCAUCCCGUGUAUGUCUCUGAAUGUCACCUCCAUUGGUAUUCUUGUGACACAUGCAUAGUAAGUGUAGUCCUAUUAACCUAACCAAUUUUAUUUCCUAUUUCAGAACAAGAAGGGCACUGAACUGCUUCUAGGAGUGGAUGCUCUUGGACUUCACAUCUAUGAUCCAGAAAACAGACUGACACCAAAGACUUCUUUCCCGUGGAAUGAGAUCAGGAACAUCUCUUAUAGUGAUAAAGAGGUCAGUGGAUCAGUCAUAUGCACCUAAGAGGCAAAUAGCAAUACCUUAUCAACAGGCUGUUUUGUGACAUAUUUAAAAUCUGUAUACAUCAACUAUAGGAAUUUUAUUAAAAUAAAAUUCAUAUAAUGGAGAAAUAACAAUAAAACAGGUUUUCUGGAGGUGUUUUGAAAUAUAUUUUAGACAGCCCACAAGUUUGUUUUGAUGAGAUAAAAUGGGGAAUAAUUAAAAAAUAUAUAACUAGAGACUUGGGGAAAUAAUCUUUAUCUUCAAUUACACAGAUGUUUUAUUUGCUUUUUUUCAGUUUACCAUUAAGCCACUGGAUAAGAAGAUAGAUGUAUUCAAAUUUAACUCUUCUAAACUCCGUGUCAACAAGCUGGUAGGUGGCGUUGAAUGUCAGCAUUUUAUUCUGAAAACCUUGAUUUAAAAAUUCUAGUCUGCUGCAGUGUAAAGUGGCAUUGUCACCAGGGAUAUUGGUUGUGUAAUUUUAUAAUUUGCUGCUUGUCCAAAUUCUUCAUUGUGGAGGGCCAGAUUUGUAUGCACGAACAUACUGUGUGGCUGCAGACAUUGUUUUAUUUUCUCUUUUGGCCUCUACAAUCCAGCUCCAGCUACUAAUCUCAUGUUAGUAUCUGUCAUCCUUUUUAACUUCUGUUUCAGUCUCUCUCAUGGCAUUAUUCUCUGAACUCUCUGAAUAACCCAAAUUACCUCAUGUGAUCCAGAAGCAUCUUAAUUCAGAUUCCUCUGAAUAAAUUUAAGGUUUUGGAUUAACGCAAUGUGAGGAAAAACGUGUCUGCAAUAUAGAAGUCGUAUUUCUAUAUUUUGUAGUAAAAAAACAACAGAUAAACAAAGAAUAUGUAAAACCUUGGGGCUUCUUUACUUAAGAUAGAGAGGGCAUCUGGACUGAGAGAGACGGUAGCACGCUGAGCAAUACAAAAUUCUAUUAAAAUGCAAAAUAAAAUAAUACACUGUAUUUGGUAUUACUUUCCAAUAUCCAGUGUUUAUUCAAGAAAUGUAAUUCUUUAAUUGUCAGGAAACCAGUAGAAUCUUUAAAUCCUCUAGGAGAUUAGUGAUGAAUGGAAGGUGAAUCCAUAGAAGUCUAGUAUUUAGACAGUGAUUGAGAUGGUGGUGAAUACUCCUUUAGAAAAAGAAGAAAAUUAAAGUGUCAAUGUGUGCGUUCGCUGUCAGAAUGUGUAUAUGAUGGUAUUCCUGUUUGUCCUUUUUCAGUAUUUAGUAUAUAUUUUGGUGUUGUAUGUGUAAGCAUUAACUGUCAGUUCAGUGUGUGCAAUGUUAUGUUUGUCAUUGUGUCUGUGUGCAAUUUCAGUAUGUUCAUGCCUCUGUGCAUGCAGCGUUGGUACAUUUCCACAUUCUGGUGGAAUUUUAAGCUCCCUUUACACCCCUGUGAUUUGAACAACAACUUCUUUGCAUCCCAAAAUCCAUGCAAAAGUUUCAGACUUUUCACUGGGUGCCUGGAUACUACAAGUUGCACAUUUAUCCGAUGCUUUACCUGUGAGUUUUUUUUUAAUUUUAUUUUUUUAUUCAGGCACACAGAUUGAAAUAAGUUGUGUGUGUGCAGUUGCUCAUCAUUAAAUGCUGGUGGGAUACAAAAAAAACUUGCCACUUGCAUGAGACAAGGUAUACAUGCUCCCAUCUCGGCUUCAGGGUGCACAACAGUCCAGGAUUAAGGCAUUUCUCAAUUCUCUUCCAAUAGGGAUACUGAUACAACCUGGGCUUUUGGUGUCCUGGUUUGGAUUUUUGCUUAGUUUGGAUGAAUAGGGGCUUAUCCCAAUGGAAAAAGCUUACUCUUGCACUUUACAUACAGCUCUCAUAGAACAUAAUAAUGGAAAAUGGAGUGUCAGCUAUGCCUGGCAUUUUGAACAUUGGGAAGUACAGAUGCAAAUUGGACAACAGAGGAGAGUGCUGUUUGCCCUCUACAUGGUGUGCAGCUGCUCAAUCACUACAGAGUUUGAAAGUAUUUUGAUUGCAAAUGUCUGAUUGGUGCAUAUGUUAUGUAAUGUUACCAUUUUAUUUUCCUUCUCUCUGGUCCACAUUAGAUGCUAUUUGCAGGAAUAUUUACCAGUAUGUAAACAUUACAUAUCUUCAUAACGAGCUUUGUGUUGGGACAUCCAAAUUACUGUUUGUUUACUUACUUAUAAAUGUCUUACCAUGUCCACAUAUUAUAUGACUGUGUCCUGGAAUAACAGCUGUGGGUCAAAAUAUUGGUCAGGGGAUAAUAUCAACUACUGCAUUUUAUAGUGGUAUAUUAUAGCAGUGUGAUGAAAAGAAGGAAAUGAAAAGUCUGCUGUAAAACCAUUGCUGUUUAGCUGAGAAUGCUUUUUUUUUUAUUUAUUUUUUUAUCAGGCGUCUGCAUUUGCUUGAUUUAAAAAAAUAAAAAAAUUAAAAAAAAACACAACUAACUUAAACUAGCAGUGAACUAGGAUUGGAAUUCUUGUAGUGAUCUGUAAACGGGUUAUAUUAUUUGUCUUCAUGAAAUCCAUAAAAUAUACAGCAGUGAUGCAAGCCUGUGAUUUAUAAAUAUCUAGCCACUGUAUUAUUUUGAACUGCCAUCAGCCUAGUGCUACUGAAUAAACCAUCAAACUAUCUAAAACCCCCAUUUUUAAAUUAAUGCUACUCUUGCUGCUUUCAUGUCAAAUCCCAAAUCUAUAAUGGGACAGAAUUGGAUUUUCUUCGACAGCCCUUCAAGCAAUUUAACUCUGGAUAAAGGAGUACACAAGGCUGUAUUGUAGCACUGUGGUGAAAUACACAAGGAACUUAACACAUCUAGAUUACUCUUGGACAACUGCAUAAACAACAGAGGGCAAUAUAUUGUCCAUGCCCCCCAAGCGUUCUAUUCUAAUUAUAGUUUACAAAACUGUAAUGUUUAACUGUGCUGUACAAUUGGUAAACAACACAUAAACAUGACAUGUCCCUUUCAAAUACAAUAUAAUAGCACUUUGUAUUUUUAGAGUUGCACGUUUUAUAUUUUCCAUCUUGUCUGCACAAAUAUAAUUUUGAUCUGUCAACUGAAUACUCCAGCAGUAAGAUAAGGGACACUCUACACUUGUGCAGUACUGAUGCACCCAAUGAACACGCAGAGAACCAAUGUGAAUUUGAUGUGAUCUAGCCUCAUUUUACAUACUGUAUGUUUUGCGUGCUCAAAACCUAGUAUUUUUUUUUUUUUUCUGAUAAAAUAGGUGUACAACAGGAUGCUGCAUCAUAAAGCAUCCUCCCUUAUAAUGUCCCAUAGUCAAGAAAAAUAAUUCCUUAUUGUUAUGUGCAGCUCAACCACUGACAGCAGGAGUGAGCUGGAAGCAAAACAAAUAAAUGUGAGCAUACAAAAUUACAGCACAUUAAUGAUGCCAAAGUGUUGAUUCAUACAGUGUCCCUUUAAAGCACUUUGUAGGGUUUCUUACUUGGGAUAUUAAGCAUUUUGAAAUUAUCUUGCAUUUUUGGAUGUUAUCCUCACCAAUUGAUGUGUUAAGGCGCCUUCCUAUAAGCUGACGAGCUGUUCCAUUACAAUAAACUCUUGUUUUCUAAGUCUUUAUAGCAACCACAGUAGUGCAACUAACAUGUUAACAGUGAGUAAAGCAGAAACUCAAACUUUGAAUAAUUUUUUUUUAUUUUUUAUAUAUAUAUAUUUAUCUGAAAAACCUGCCAUGAAUUAAUCAUCACUUAAGUAUAGCACAAACAAGCGAAUGACAACAUUUUGCACAUGAUAAUAUUUUACACUUAAACCAGUAGGGGUCACUGUUUGGAAACACAUCAGUUAUUGGAUUUUGGUUUCCUCCACGUUAAAUUGUUUUUAUAUUGAAGCAAAUGAGCUACCAGCUUUGUUGCAACUUUGUCUCUGGGUUUCUAUGUAGCCCUUAUCAUUACACUAAUUUAAAGAAGCCAAACAUUUUUCUAUAAAUAAGGAAUUACAAUAGCUGUUUUUUUUUUUUUUUUUCUACUUGAUGGCUGUUUUUCCUACUUUGGUAUUUGACAAGGUCCCUACCUUCCUUCUUUCUUAGCUAUCAGUCUAGACCUUUUAUACAGCACCUCUAUUACCUUAACCCAAUUUGUCUUGUUUACCCCGUAUUGUACCUAAUUACUCCCUGUUUAACAUACUACAGUCUAAUCGACCGUUUAGUUGAUCUCUCCCUAUUCAACAUUCAUUCAUUCCAAUCUUGAUUCUUUCUACCUCUGGAUUGGUUUUAGUAAUAGAAUCUAACCAGUAUAGCGAGGGAUGUAUUGUGGAGGGUCUGUCAAGUCCUUAUCCUGACAACCUAGAAUUUUGUUUCUUUUAUUUCCAUUUCUUUAAAAAAUGUUCCAGUUUUCUCCACUAGUCUGAACAUACUUUCUCUCACCUACCUAUCAUAUCUGUUCAACCUGCUAGACAAUUUACCUUUACAUUAGUUGUAGUUGCGUUCUGGUCGAGGCAAGACUACAGAUCCUGGCUCAUUCUGCAAAAACCUAUUACACCCUGGAAUUAUUUAAUUCAACCUGAUUUAUUCUUUUCAACCUGCUACUUUCCAAAUCUGCUUACUAUCCAUACGUUUGGAGAAAACCUACUUGGAGAAAUCCUGUUUAAUACCCAUACACCUGGAGGUACCCUAAUCUGCGAUUACUGCCUGUAUUAUACAUUACUGGACUUGGAUAUAAUAUUGAAUUGUUAUUGCAAUUACGGAAAAUUACAUAACCAAGGUAGAGAUUACAAACAACCUUCAUAAUUACAAAUAUCCUAAAGAAAAAAUAAAGAAUGUAGCGCUUUGGAAGUGAAUGUCACCUUUUUAUAUUGCUGGAGGAGAAAAUGUUCUAGUGUCCCAGGUUGCAAAUAAAUCUAUAAAAGAUAAUCACAGCAUAGUAUAGACAGACAGUAGAUAAUUUAAACAUAAAUAUGUAAAAUACAGAAAUGGCAUACUCAGACCCAGAGCUGUGAACUCAGCUCUAGUUUGAUUCGCCUCUGGGUCCGUUUAGGCGACCCACCCCUCAGCAGAAAAAUGUGGCCCGUCCUGGAGGGGGAUAAUUAUACAAGGGAAAUAGCGCAAUAUUGCUUGGAUAAAUAGAUUUAUUUCAGUAGAAUCCCAAAAAUGGGUACUUACAAGCAUGGAGUCAGUAUAACUGUUUUCAGGCAUUAUGCAGACUAGGGGCUGCACUCCCAUAUAGAAGCAGUAAAGUGCCGAACCAGGUAAAUGUAAAAUAAAAGAUAAAUAAUUUAUUAAUAAUAUGUAUAAAACAAAAUAAGGCACAAUGUCCUAAUAAAAACCGGAACGCGUUUCACCACUUUGCUGUGGCUUCCUCAACUGGAUAAAUCAGCUGUACCUAUAAACCUGUAGCAAUAAAAUAUCUUAAAGGACUUUAAUUCAUCUAUCCAAAAAUCUGCUAUACAACCUGCAAACCAAAAGAGGCUUAUUAACUAAAUGUCUGACAUCUACUACUUUAUCUUUUAUACUCCUGUUUAGUUCUGUCUAUUGUAUUUCGUUUUACCUGUAACCUAUAAUUUUCAGUUAUAGGUUUUCUUCUCUUUACUUAUCUGUAAUAUCUAUUCUAUCUUAUCCUCUUACUAAAAAUCCUGCGUGGGAAAUAUUGUCUAAACCUUAAAUUUCUGUAGUCUUCUGUUACCUUACCUAUAGCUUCCUUUUAUAGGAUCUCAUUCUUCUAUUACCUAUAACUUCUUUUAAAGGUUCUGCUUCUAACUAUCUCCUGUUAACACUAUCCCUGGUGGUCAAAAUAUCGUCGGUGGUACAGCUGCAGUUCCACAGAGACCCUUCUAACCCGGGACCUUACCCCAAUGCAGGCAAUCUGCACAGACCCUGACUCCCUGGAACACGGGAUAUCAACUAUAUAUAAUAUGAUCCUUGCACAGCAGAGAACACCACCAUUACACUUUAUGGGAAAAUGGGAGGAGGCCUUAGGAGAAACACUUCCUCUCACACAGUGACACAAAAAGCUGUGAUUUCACACAACAUUGCGCAGUAUCCAGUAAAACACAGGAGACUGUGUACCAAUUGCGAACUUAUUGGUAUAGGACUCCCCAGUCACUGCAUUCGAUGAUACCAGCCAUAGAUGUGAUAUGUUGGAGUUGUGGAGAGGAGGUGGACACCCUACUUCAUCCAUGGCGGGAUUGUUCAAAGAUAAAACCUUUUUGGACAAAGAUCUACAGAAUUAUCCAAAGAUUUUCAGAGGACCCUACCGGCACCGAUCUUCCACCACACUAAAAUGUGCACAACCACAUACAAAAACUCACUGAUGAUACGAAUUAUGAAUGUCGCCAAAGGGCUGGAGAAAGAGCUCCACCGAUGCAACUGUGGUUCCAAGGAAAUUAAGAAUAUCACUCUAUGGAAGACCUGAUAUUUCGUAAUAGUGAGAGGUCCCAGACUUCUAUCAACAGACUCCACUGAAUUCAAGACGCUAUUGCAAUAAAACACUUAAGACACCACCUGUAGUGAAGGAGAGAUGCAAUAGACUGGAUACUACACAACAAACUGAGAGAAAAGUAAUGGGAGGAGGAUAUAGAGAGGUGAGAGACCAGACACCAGAAGACACAAUGCUAUGAUGCAGCCCCCUUUUCAUAACUGAAAAUACUGAGCACCUUCAACCCCGCCUCCUACCUCCCCCCCCCUUUUUUUCUACUCCUUACCCUCCCUUUUAUUUAACUACUCUUCACCUCCUCAAACCUAUAGGCAGGUAGACCCUUUUAAUGCUAUGCCUCUUUGUCCCUGCCUCACGUAGAGAGGGACACAUGCCGACACCAUACGGACAAUUGUCUGACUGAUAACCAGGGCAACAACCUAGCACAAGCAUUGUUAAUAAGACGUUGUACUUAUAAAACCAUACAGUAAUUGUAAUAUUUCUCUGUCACGUAAAUAACAUGCUUGUAACGUAACUCCAUAAAAAUUGAGACCUGUUGCUUAGAUAUUCACAGAACCUGCGAGUUCCACGGUUUCAAAUUUAACUGAUACAGACCUGCGUGUCUUCUUCUACUCUGUUAUAUCCUAUACAAAAAAUAAGAAGAGGAUCACGUGUUGAAAUAAACAAAUAUUAAGAAGAAAAAAAAAUCACUCCGGUGCUACACCAACUUUCAGAGAAUAAAAAUACAAACCUAGUAGAAAGCAAUUAGAUUAUAUACAAGAAUUACAGUGCAAUUACACUUAGGAUGGGAGAACACAUGUUACAAUAGAAUAAUCCAGAUACUAACAUGUUAUGAAAGACCCAGCUGUAUAAUAUAAAAACAAUAAAGUAAUACUAUAAAUUACUGAAAAUAAUAAUAAAAAAAUGAAAAGAAAUAUACAUAUGAAUUAUCAUAAAACAAUGGGUAUAAUACUGCUAGGUGAUCCAUGUACAUUUUAUUGACUCCAAAGGCUGAAUAAUUGCAUUGUCAUCAAUUAAAUAUACAAAAUUUAAAUGAGAUCUAUACAAGAAGCAUAGCCAUGUAAAGAAGGCAAUUAGGAUGGAAAAGAGAACGAAAAUAGAGGAGAGAAGAGUAAGUCUAUUCCCAUAAGGCCAAUAUCCAAAUCAAUCUUGAGGCUCUUCUCAUACGUUUUCAACUUAUUCACGUAGUUUUACAUUCACAGAAUCUUUUAGUAAGAUUACCCCUUCUGAGAUCCCUAUCUAAAACAUCUAUCCCAAUACAUAAAAACUCACUAUACAAUACAUUAAAACUAGAGCAGCCAUUACUGUGUCUGGGUACAAUGUGUUUAAUGUCUUUAUUUGCUAAUGCUCUUAGAUGAUCAUAUAAUCAUUCUCUGAGAGUCCGUAUUGUUCGUUUAAUAUACUGCGCUCCACCUGGACACUGGCGUAAGUAUAUAACAUUAAUAGUUGUGCAAUUAAUAACAUGCUUAAUUUCAUAAACUUCCCUAGUGUUGAUAGAUGUAAAAUGCUUUACACACCUUGGGCUGCACAUCUUACAAUGGCCAUAUUUGUAAAAACCAUUAGGUGUGGGAAAAUGUCCUGGAAUAUGAUGCUCAAUAGGGGGCAACAUGCUAGGUGCUAAAAAAAAAAAAAGAUUUAAAAUUAUUUUGCUUUUGUGUACAUCACCUUAGGUUUUGGUGGUAGAUCAUCCUUUAAAACUUCAUCUUGUAACAGAACUGGCCAACAUUAGAUAUAGCUUUUUCAAUUAAUUUGGAAUUCUGUUUGUAUUGAGUUCAAAAGGCUAGACUAAAGUCACAUCGGAUAUUCCUAUUGUAUUUCUCGACCACUCUAUGGGAUUCGUUCUCAAGUGGUGUAUAUUAUCCCUAGUCCUGUGUAAUACAAAUCUAUUCUCCAGAAACUCAGUCUUUGCCUCAGAAUCAUCGUCUUCAGUGCUGUUUCUACUCCUUCUCAUAUAUUAACCCUUUGGGAUGUUUGAAAGCCACUGGUGAUGGUGGCAACUAUUUAAAAUCUAUAAAUCUUUUCUUAGCAGCAAUUUAAAAAAUAGUUUUAUUACAAAAUCGAUCAUCCCGAAUAAAAAAACAGAUAUCUAAAAAGUUAAUGUUGGAAGAAAGAAAGUUUGAAAUAAAUUUCAAACCCAAAUCAUUGUUAUUAAUAUAAGUAAAAAAAAAAAAUAUUUAAAUUCAGAAUGUACACUGUCCUAGAUGAUAAUUACAUUGUCUAUAUACCUCUUCCAGAGCACCAGGCUUGAAACCCAGCCAUAUUCAACCCAAAUGCGGGCAUCUCCCCACACCACCAUAAAUAGGUUGGGUGCAAACCUGGUGCCCAUUGUUGUACCACAAGUCUGUAGGUAAAAUUUACUCUCAAAUAAAAAAUAGUUAUGUAUUAGUAUAAAAUUGAUACAUUCGAAAAUAAAUGAGCCGUGUUGCUCAUCUAAUUCCUGAUCCUUCUGUAAUACUUCCUUAAUAGCUGCUAUACCCUUUAUGUGGUUAAUACUGCAUGUAGAGAUGAGCAGAGAUGAUCUAGCAAGCUAUUAACAGAGCAGACUAUAAGGAUUUCUAAAUUUAACAGAAUUUGCAAUAAAGGAAACAUUAGAUUACUCUUUACAGGAAAUGUUUAGGAAGGUUGUGUAAAAGUGAUUUAACUCCUAAAUGGCAGAUAUUGAAACAAUGCAAGGGCAUGAUGUAUAUACCAAAACUGCUUAAUUAAAUUAAAGUUCUUUUGGUGACUAUAGUGCCUUGUAAAGUGUUUUUGGCUGAAAUUGUGACUAUAAGUCAGUGGAAACAAGUGAGACUUCUGCUUUAAAUAGUACUAUGUACAUAACAUAACUACAUACAACGGUUUCCUAAGUUAUCUGCCACUAUCUUUACUUUUUUUCCCCCAGUUUUAUUUUCUUCCAACCUCCAUUUUCUACUUUAGAUUGAUAAACUGGCUUAGCAUGUAAAACAAAAGCAUGACAAAUGCUUGAAUAGAAUCUCCUGGCAGAGCUCACUGUAUACCUAUUGUACCUCAUUAUUUAUAUUGUGUGCUCUCUGUAACCCCUUACCUGGGGGCCCUUGGAAAUAAAUGUAAAAUAACGAGAUUUAAAUCAGUGUGAAUAUCCUCUGGUUCUAAAAUAAUGCAAUACUGUAAUGUAUGCAUUUGGUACUCUAAAAUCUAAUUUGCUGCCUGUGUUGCUUUUUUUUUUAAAUACAUUUUGAAUUGUGUACCACAGUUACUUUUUAGACAUACUCUUAUAUGUGUAGGUGUGUAUAUAUUAUGUUAAUACACCAAAUAUACUAAUCUUAAAAUAUUUAACAUAUGUGAACUGAUGUUUCAAGUGAACACAGGUGGGGCUUUUUAAGGGUUUUUUUUAGUGACUCUCAUGGUUUACAUGCAAUUUCAUAAUAGAGCACAACUAAAAUCCACAUUGCUAAUGACCAGUAACAAUCAUGCCAAUGUCAUGUUUAGAGUUAACUUUGUGUAAGGUAGAAUUACCUAGUAUGUAAUCCAGUUACCAUCGUCAUAUGCUACUGAAGACGUAACAAUCUCUCUAAAGUAUAACAAGAUUCUAUUACAUGUGAUUUAUAUUUUCUUUAUUGUGAUUUGGGUAUUUAAUUCAGAUUUCUAUGAAAUCACAACAGUGCUGUAGAUCAUGUUUAUUACCUUAAAACAGCUGUUUUUUAGUGCUAUGUACUGACCGUAGAUCAUCAGUUUGCUGAAUCAGAGGUUUCUUGUCAGAGUUCUGGGAAUAAUUGACUUUUACUAUUCAGUGUUUAAGUUUUUCACGCAUGGUAGCAUUCUGCACUUACAUAGUUUUUGACUCUUACUGUUUUGUGCCUGACUCCAGAUUCUGCAGCUCUGCAUUGGGAACCAUGACUUGUUCAUGCGCAGGAGGAAGUCAGACUCCCUAGAAGUGCAGCAGAUGAAAGCCCAGGCCCGAGAAGAGAAAGCCAGGAAGCAGGUGAGAUCUGAAAUAUCUGUCCUAUUCAGGUGCACUGCUGGACAACUGCAAGUCUUCCGAACCACUUCAUAAAGCAAGCUUUACAGGAACCUGAAUGUGAUGAACUGUGCGGCCACAUCACAAAUGUUCUUCACUGUUCUAUUUAUUUCUCCACGUUGACAAGAGACAGCCAGUAGGAGAGCCAUAUUUACCACAAAUUCCUGUGGCCUAUGCGUUUAGCCAAUUUCUUCCGACAAAAGAAACAUACUAUUGAGUAACCCUUUCAAUUUGUUUAGAUAUUUUAUCAAUUGAAUUCUUUUAAAAGAGAAUAAAAUAGAUCAGUGAGGAGUUAUUUGAAAAACUUCCAAUGGAGAAGUUAUUUGUCUCUCGGUAUUACAAAUUUUAAUAUUAAGGCGGAGAGAAUUAAGGCUUUCAAUUGCAGAUUUACCAGUAACCCCUGCUAAUAAUCUCCACGUGCCCAUUUUGUUAUUGGAAAACUUUACAUUUAUUGUUUGCACAUGAAGAUAAUCAGUAGACAGGUGCAUUAUUGUAAAGUCUGUAAUAUAACUCAAACUAACUGGUCAGGCAACAAUCAGGCUUGAUAUGUGUAAGGGGGCUCUUGCACACUGACUGACUACCCUUUCAAGCGACCAUUGUUGGAGGUUAUUAAGCCAAGUGGAGAAGCUGCGUCCCAUUAAAUCAGUACUGUAGUACUUUUGGAAGUCACAGAAUACAGCAAGUCGUGGGCAGUGCUAUCUGCAUUACUUACAUUGCCUGAUAACUGUUCUAGAGUCGCUCAAUAUUAUGCAUCCUUGGAUUCUCCUACAAGAGCCUUGUGAAGCUCAUAAGCUGCACCUGUCAUUCCUCAGGGACAUGGUAAUCGCUCAUGUUCAGAAAUUAGACUGAUUUCCAGACAACUCUUCUCUCUUCAACAACACUUAACCCCUGCUCAUUCCCUUUGUGUGCUGAAGGGCAGAGUAUCACACAUGCACAUCCAGGAGGCUGUUCCAGUCCUCACUCUGCAGUUUGUGUCUCAAUGUGCUCUGCAAUUACCCAAUCCCAUCUUGACAGCUGUGCUAAGUGCUGUUACAACCAGACAGGAAUGUUAAUGCCAUCAGAGAGAGCAUGCCGUCGCAGUGUGACGCCUCCGCAGCACUUAGCAUUCAAACACAGGGCCUAAGCCAUCCACUCAUCUCCUCCCGCUCACUCAUCCAUAGGACUCGGCCUGACUAGCAUACAUAUCCUUUUCACUGCAUCUUCCUGCAUUUCUUGACCUAGCCACAUGGAGUCACUGUUCACCUAACAUGCUUGAAUUCUUAUGUGUGUGUGUGUAUACUGUAGUGCUACAAAAAAUAUUUAUUUUUACUUUUGUUAAAUUAAUUUGUUUUAUACUUCCCUUGACAGUACAACAAAUGGCAUUUAACAAGCUAGAUCACAGAACAGGAGGGAUAUCACUGCUUCACAUAGAAACAUAGAAUGUGACGGCAGAUAAGAACUAUUCGGCCCAUCUAGUCUGCCCAAUUUUCUAAAUACUUUCAUUAGUCCCUAGUCUUAUCUUAUAGUUAGGAUGGCCUUAUGCCUAUCCCACGCAUGCUUAAACUCCUUUACUGUGUUAAACCACUAUCUAAAGCACCUUGCACGAACAUACUGUUUUUUUCUGAGGCAAAAAUAUUGUAUUUGUAGUGUUUAAAAAGUGUCCAUAAUGUUGUCCAACUGGCGGCAAUUCAUAAUUGGUCUGGAUUUGCUAAGGCUCUGUAUCCCAGGAAAUUUUCCACUGACCACAUAAGUAGACAUUAAAACACUUCAGCCAUCUUGCAGUCAAAGCUUUGUACCUUGUUUUCCUUUUUUGUUAGGACCAUGAAGAUCUAUGAAUAACUGGGCUUUUUAAAAAUAUAGACUCUCAGCAGUCUGGUUAUAUAAACGAUAGUUUUUUUUUUUUUUUAGGGUAUAUUUAGGAUUGUUGCAAGUUGAUAUUUUCCCAAAAGGUAAUACCUUGACUGGGUACUGAUACUCUUCGCUUUUCGCAUGGGGAUUCUGAGGCGUUUUCUGGGAUAUAGUCUCUCUCAUUCAAGAUGCCGGUUGUGAAAUAAAUGGACUCCAUUUUGAAUAUCUUAUUUAAAUUAAAUUGUUUUAUGAAUUUUAAGUAUGGAUGAUCCAGCAGUUUUGUUCACCAGAAACAGUCUGGAGUAUGUUCCAAUGAUGGUUCUAUAAUAGUCUCUUCUAGAAGGAGGAAUUUGUUGCUUCCGAAUUCUUCUGUCCUGCCAUGUGUUUUAUCAUUUCAUUGUAUCAUUGUGUUUAAUUAGUUUGCUGAGUACCAUCCAAUGGGAGGUUGCAGAGGGAAUAAUGAAGCUGAAUUCCCAAACUUGAACCAGUCAGCCCUUUUUUCUAAUGUAGCAAAAAGAUAAAACUUCAGAUUUGUUUUUCUGUAUCAGCAGAUUGCUUUAUAGAUAUGGAGCAUAUUUCUUUCAGUAACCAUCCACCAUAAGUUGAGAAAAUGCUGUGCAAAUAAAAUGUAUGUAUGUUUGUUUUAUUUUUUACUGUGGCUUUAGCAGAUUUAUAAGAUGGCAUUUUCACAGGAUUAGGCAUUCUUCGUGUUAAAUAAAACACAAAACAGGCACCUAUUUAUGAGAUUUUAACUUAAGUCUCAUGGAGUGUUCAUGGUCCAUAAGAAUGCGUAUGCCUGAUAUGGUUACAAUGUGAUUUUAGUGAAUAACUGUUUGGGGUUUUUUUUUUUUUUUGCUUCUACAUCUGGCCUGGAGGAGCAGAGGGGCAACAAUUCUACAAAAGACAUAUGGAAAACCAUGUUAGCAAUGGGUAAAAGUGUGCAUUUGUCAUGCUGGCAUUGUAUAGAUAAAAAUAUUUUAUCUCUAUAUUGUGUUAGCCAAAUUCCGAUACUUUAAUUUGUACUGUUUGCUGUAAAUAUUGGUUGAUUCUAGAGUAAAACCAUUGGCAAUACCUAACUACCUGCAUUGUUAUUAAUUUCUCAUUGACCAGCUAUGCAUGCAUUUUUGUUUGAUCUUUACAGAUGGAGCGCCAGAGAUUGGCAAGGGAAAAGCAGAUGAGGGAAGAAGCUGAGAGGACUCGUGAUGAGCUUGAGAGAAGGUUGCUGCAACUUAAAGAAGAGGCACAGAUGGCUAAUGAUGCAUUGGUGAGAUUGAGCUCCUUCUCUAGGGUUGAACCUUGAUACUUUCUUAUGCAAUAUAAUGUACUUGAUGUGAUUACAGAUAUGUAACAAAUGUGGCUUAGUACUAAUGGACGGAAGAUGCAUAUUAAACAUACAUAUAAAAAUAAGUACAAAAUACAUCUUGAUCGUUGUAUACACUCGUGUGUGUAUGUAUGUAUGUAUGUAUGUGUGUGUGUAUAUAUAUAUAUAUAUAUAUAUAUAUAUUAUUUUUAAUUAUUUAUUUUACUCAAGACUUUCUUUGUUUCAUGCCUAGUAUUAGAAGUGGAAAUAGAUUUGAAAAUGUUACAGUAAUACUAGAAAUUUUGCCAAUCUUUAACAUAUCCGUAGAAAAUGGCACUGGCUGAUAUGGAAGCAAAAUGUGGAGAUUGUAGCACUCUGAUGCAUUUACCCAUUCUCUCUAUUCCUCAGAUGAGAUCGGAGGAGACUGCAGACUUGCUGGCAGAGAAGGCUCAAAUUACUGAAGAAGAAGCCAAACUCUUAGCCCAGAAAGCAGCAGAUGCAGAGCAGGAGAUGCAGAGGAUCAAAGCCACAGCUAUCCGUAGUGAGGAGGAAAAGAGGCUAAUGGAGCAAAAAGUACUUGAGACAGAAAUGCUUGCCCUGAAGAUGGCUGAGGAAUCAGAGCGAAGGUGAGUAGGUGUUGUUUGUGAAGGUCAAGAAGACCUAUCCUACCUCUUUCUUCAGCCUUAAUUUCUCAUUAACAGUAUAAUGGAAAGAUGCACCUUCCAGCAGAGUGCAACAUAAUUUAUGACUGAGUGGACAAUAAGCAAUAUUGAUUUGAAGGAAUGCUGAUUUAGAUCAAUGUAAAGUGAGCCUGUCAUCCCAAGGAUGUGUAGAUAACACGUUCACCUUCAGGUUGUCAUAGAUUUAAUCUGUAUAUGAUGCUGGAGAAAUUUCUAGCAAAUAUAGAAUAACAAUAUACCUGGGCAAAGACGUCUUACUCCACCUCUGAGAUGGCAUCAGAUGGUGGUCCUCAAUGAUAUGCGUGACUUUCAAAUAUGUUUACAGUGUGAAUGCAUACUAUGGGGUGAAGGAUUGUGCUAAUGAUUUAAAACAAAUUUGUUACGUGUGCAGCCAUUUUAGGCUGGGAUAUCUGUGUUUUUUACCGCUAUGCUGCAUGAAAAAAAAUUAAACUGAUGUAUUCUGCAAAUUAAUUGGACUAUUUUUCCCCUAUAAGAAUACAGAUGGUGGUGGUGGUAGUGUGUGUGUGUGUGUGUGUGUGUGUGUGUGUGUGUUUUAAUUUUUGUUAGCUGUGAGAAUGUGUCAGAUGUAAUUAAAAUAACACAGGACGACAGACAGGUGAAGGAUGCUGUAGAGCAGAGUUUCCCAAUUGUUGAGAACAAAAUUGGUGCAUUAUGCAACAUCCAAGAAGCCAGCCACUUAGCUCGACCGUGAGAGAGCCCGCCCAGCAGUGUGUGUGUGUGAGUAAAGGGUGCAAUGGGUGGGUGUGUGUGUGUGUGGGUACUGUGAGUGUGAGGGGUGAAAUGUGAGGGUAAUGUGUGUAUGUAUGAGAGGGAGCUGUGAGAGUGCUGUGUGUGAGGGUGAUGUGUGUGUGUGUGUGUGUGUGUGUGUGUGUGUGUAGGUUAGGAGGGAUUGUGUGUUGAGGGAAGGCAGAUUAAGGCCACUAUAUAAGAAUUUACUUAUCUUAAAUAAAUUUAAAAAACGGUCAUUAUAUCCCCCCUCCCUUCUUACCUUUAGCCUGGCUGCCAUCCCUGGUGGUGCUAGUGGUGCGUGAACUCUAGCCUGUGAGACUCGAGUUCACUCCCGCGAGAUUGGGGGUGUUGCCACGGCAACGCACCGGAUCUCACGAGAGGAACCUGGCGGAGUUGCAAGAUGUAGAGCUCUGUCGGGUCUUCCUCUCCCUCCCCAGCUGCAUGUCUGUGCAAGUCGGCCGGUGAGGGAGAUCUUUGAUCUCCCCACUGGCCCGUCAGGGAACACAGCGGGGCCGAUGCUCGGACAGUGCGGGCCCCGCAGGGACCGACAGGGGAGGUCUGGUGACCUCUCCUUCCGGCCUCGGCCCAUGGUGAUCACGGCCCACCGGGCAUUUGCCCAGUGUGCCCGAUGUCCAGUCUGGGCCUGCAAUGCUCCAUACCAGGUUUGCAAUGUGUGAGAAGAUGCCUAUUUCUUUUAGCUGUUGCUAAUGACGAUGUAGGAACUGACAAAACAUGAAGUCAGUAGCUCCACCUUUUCACCCUUGCAGUUCACCCUGAUUUGUCACAUGAUAUCUUUUGGCUGUGUUGAAAUUUCAGUGAAAUUCCACUGCAGUCAAUAUGAGCAUUUUCUAAAGAUUUUAUGUCUACAAAAUAUUCUAAAGUGUUAUUGUCGUGACAAAGCAGCUUUAAUAUCCCCACCAUCUCAUCCUGUGAGGAUUUAGAAAAUCAACAUGUCUUGAAAUGUUUAAAAUUUUUGCUCAUCCGGUGUCACAAUAAAACCUUAAUAGAGCAGUGUGCUAUUAGAAGCUCACUCCGGCCGAAUGCAACAUUCAUUCUAGUUUAUGUAAGUCACUAUACUUUUUUGCUUACAGCAGCUCAAGCAAUUUCUGAAUAUCUUUUUGCAUGGGCACAGUUACGAAAACAGCAGGUUAAUAUUGUUGUGCAUACUCCGUGCAGAAAAUUAAAUGAAGCCUAAUUGUUUUAAUAACGUUUUGGUGCUAUAUUAAAAUGUUAUGUAGUCAAAGACCUGGUCUAAACAGUAUUUGAAUAGCAAUAAUUAAUUAACCAUAAUUAACAGUGUACUAGUUAGUUUAAUAUAAAGAAGUAGGAAUUCAUUAUGGAAUAAAAAUUACGUUUAACCUAUCAUAAUGUAAUCUGUAUUAAAGAAGUGAAAUGGUCUUAAAAUUCAGUAUUGGGCACAUUCUGACAUUGACAAAGGGGUUUAAAAUUUUGGACAACAUAACAGAGGAAAUUAGAGAGGUCAGUAUUUUUUAAUGUUGUGAGAAGCUUUGGGCACCUGUUUUUAGAAGAACCAUUCUCAAAUGUCACAUAAUGUGAUUGUGUUGCUUUCUUAUUGGAAAGUCACCAUGAUCCCAACUAAUACUGCUUUAUAGUACGAAUACUUUAUAUAUAGUUUUAAAAAUGCAAGAAUAGAAUUAAAAAACAAAAAAGGGACAAAAUAUAUACAUUUCAUGAUUUUUUUUUUUAUUUUUUUUUGCAAAUCCUAGAGAUUUGAAGCUUCUGCAGUAUGAUCUCAAUAAUCCUGAAGUAGCUUUUGAAGUCCUCUUGCUCUAAAAACUAUGUGCAGAUUUGUUCAGCAUAUCCCUUAAAUGCCUGCACAUUGUGUAGUUGUCUGGAUGUUCAGUCCUACUGACGGACGCAUUCCAACUGUACACGCUGGCAUUGUCUUAACGGCCCCAGUAAGCUUCUUCAUAUUUAGUGGGAUUGCCUUAUUAUAACUGUUACAAAACAGUUCCCCCACAUUCCUAGGAUCCAGAUAUAAGCAAUCUCUGCCUGUUAGAUUCUUGCAUUUGGCCGGGUUUACAGUUCAGUUUUGUCAGCAUUUGAGAAUUCUGUUCCUCCUAGCAUUAGAGAAUGGUUAAAUGUGGUGGAAGAAAUCUGAUCCCUAGAGGAAUUAGGCUCUGCUUCCCAGCAGUCUUAAAAUAAUUGAAGUUCAACCUGCAUUGCAUGACUGCAUACCUGAAUUUACACUUUUCUCCCUAUGAGACCUCAGAGGUUGAACCUGUAGAAGGAAUCUGAAAGAUUGGGACUUACCCUACCCCACCCAUUUUUCCUCUCUUUGUUCAUUAUCUUUAAUUCUUUAUUUUCAAUUUCUGUGCAUAAAGAUAAGUCAGGACACAUUCAUAAUGCCAUAAUCAUAAGAACAAAUGGUUAGGUAAAUAACAAGGCAAAAUGUGUACAUGACCUAAAUAAAAAAUAAAUAAAAAAUUGCACUUUUAUGGAUUUGGCUAGGCAGUCGUAACGGUCUGUCCAUCUCAAUGUCCUUGAAAUCUAAAAUGGGCUAGCCACAGUGUGGCGGUGCAUGUGGCAGCAUAAAUAUGUCAUACUUAGGUUGACUCCGUCAGGAGAUUUUGCUUGGUAUAGUAGGAAGUACUCUUGGGCGUUACUUAGUGUAUUGGGUCGUAUCUAGAAAUAGAUUAGUUGGUUCAGGAGACUCUUAGUAUGGUCGUGUGUUACGGUUCUGGUCUGCUUUGGACAGGUUAAAAGAUUUCGGAGAGUGAGGGCAGUGACCCGCGUCAAGUAGAUCCUAAUGGGAACCUGCUUACAGGGAUUACACCUGGCGUAUCGCCUCCUCGCUCCUGUGCUGGCCUUUCCCUAAUCCCAAAAGGUUCAUUAUAUAUAUAUAUAUAUAUAUAUAUUUUUUUUUUUUUUAAUUUUUUUUUCAAACAUAGGUAAUGCAUACAUUGGUUUAAACUUAGAUUUUAACAGUACAGAUAUGUCCUGUAAUAGUUGAAAAGGUACAGUGAUACCGUAUGAGGCGUAGGUACAGCGUGUUUCAGUACACAAAGUAUUUAGCAAUGAUAUUAAUCUAACAUUGAUAGUAGAUAAUAGUAUACAAUGCAAUAUAAGUACAGAGUGAUAUAUAGGACAUUGAUCAGCGGAAGUGUGAGUUUCAUGGAGUUAGUCAAGUUAGGCUGGUCAAUGUUGCAACGUAAGUAUCAGAACACAGUAGUAACUAGUAUAUGGCUUGAGUAGUAACUUUUAGAUAUUGCACGGUUCAGUAGAACGCCUAUUAGUAUUGGUGUAGUCAUGAGGAGGCUUCGAUUUUUUUUCUUUCCCCACAUCUUACUUCUAGCCUUUAUAGCCCAUGUUUGUGCCACUAAGUCCUAAGUCGUCCCUGGUGUAAGGACUGUCGCUAAUAACUAGUCAUCUAGAUUCGUCAAUGUCAGUUCUCGGUUCCCACUGCGCUCCCAGAUGCCUGUGGCCACGCCCGACGUCACCCCUCCCUCACCUUCCAAACAUUUGUCGUGAGAUGAUCAUAAUUGAUUGUCUAGUGUGACCCCAUUGACGUGAAUGUAUUCCACGGUGCCCAAAUCUUGGUGUAUUUCACAUAGUUCCCUACUUUAGCCUGCGUUAUACCUUCUAAUUGUUUUGUGUCUUCUACCCUCUGGAUCCAUUCUCUGAGCGAGGGGGUGUUUGGCCGCUUCCAAUAUUUGGGAAUUAGUUGCGAAGCGGCCAUGACCAGGUGAUGGAAAAGGGCCAUUUGUAAUUUUGAUAAGCCCUGGGGGGGCAGGAGGAAGAUGUACUGGUCUGGGGCUAAGGGGAAUUUGGUCUGGAAGAUGCUUAGAAUGAUAGUUUGAAUUCUGUUCCAGAAUUUUGCUAUUUGCGGGCAUUGCCACCAUAUGUGUGCGUGGUGUGCUCCCGGUUGGUAGCAUCUCCAGCACUUGUCUGUGGACGUGUUGUGGAUCGUGCGGGUUUUUGCUGGUGUAAAGUGCCAACGUGCUAAACGUUUAAAAUUACUCUCUUGCGCUGUUAGCGAGAUGGUGGUGUUAUGUGCCGCUUUAAGGAUGGAUUGCCAUUGUGGGUGCGUGAAAUCUACUUUGAGUUCAUCUGACCACUUAGUUGUAUAUCCUGGAAGAUUAGUUGCUUGUGACUCCCUAAUUAGUAUAUACAUGGUAGAUAAAACUUUCCUAGAGAACGGAUGGGAGGAACACAUUUGCUCAAAUUUUGUCAGGGGCCUGUCCCCCAUGGGUAAUAGGUUGUGAGUCUUGAUGAAGUGUUUCAGUUGGUGGUAAUGUAAUUAUUGUAUUACUGUCGGAGUGUCAGUCGGUAAGAUUUGGGCCAGAGUUUUAACUUUACCGUCCUGGAUGACAUUGCGCAAUCGUAGUGUCGUGCUAUUGUGAUAUAGCUCGAACGAUUUGCCCGAGUCCCCUUGUUGGAAGUGGGGAUUGUGCGUAAUUGGGUAUAGCGGUGAUGGAACUGGAGAGAGGUCUGAGUUUGUCUGAGUCUGUGCCACAUUUUAAGGGUUGUGUCAACUGUCGGGUGGUAGUAAUGGAGUCCCUUUAGUGAAUAUAUAGGAUCAGGGUGAGACCAGGCGCAAUUGAUUCUUUUUUCUUUAUUUUAAUUUAAUAAAUUUUAUUUUCCUUCUGUUUUUGUAAUAAUCAAAAUACAUGGAUUUUUAGCAUUUGUGCUAGAAAUGUCAAUUAAAUGAGAACAGUAAACUAUAUUUAAACCUUCAUCAUCAUGGUCGUUUGUGACAAGUGUAACUACACAUGUGAAUUCCUACUUUAUUAUUCAGAGAUGCCUUUUCCAACAUGAACAGGUUUUCAUGCUGUUGGCAUAUGUAACAUUUUUUUAGUUUUUGUCUCUUCGCCUAACCAUACAUGUAAGAGUUGAGUUAUAGGGCUUCCCUUGUCAAAAUCUUUUUCGGUUUUGACAGUCUGUCUGUUGUAGGAGAGAAUUUUGCAGAUUUUCUUUUUUCCCCUUCUUGAAAUGGGCGGGAGUAUUAUCAUGCGUCUGUAAAGGUUAGUGUUUCCACCAACAAUACUGACAUUAAUCUUACUCCAGGACAAACUGCUUCAGAGACUUAUUUAGACAGAGUAACAUCAAUCAUUGCAAGUAUUUUUCAUCCGAACCACCAUAUGUGUCAAUAUUAGAUUUAUUUUGUCCAUCUAUGCUUUAUGAUAUUAGUCACAUUUCCACUCUAGAUCUUGCUCGACAAACAGAGCACUACGGAUAAGGACAGAAUGUAAAGACUUGCUUCUUCAACGGGGCAUUUCUUAACCCUCUUGCUUAUACCCACCUCUUCCACUUCCCUAUCUAUUUCCGAUUUGCAGGCUUUAGAUGGGUGGAUGGAUGUAAAUGAUAUAUGCACAAUUUUCAGCUACUGAUAACAAAAAUAAAUUAAAUAAAACAUAAAAUGUACUGAUGUUAGUCCAUAAAUGGAAUUAUGUAAUAUUUAUCUCACAAAGAGUAAUGAUUGAUGUGUGGAAAAGGUUUCCAUCAUGGUUAGACAAUAAAUAAAUGAAGGUCCACAUCCUCCUUUUUGUAGAGGCCAUACAUCUCUUUAACGAUGAUGGGUGAUGUUUUGAAACAAUUGAAGCUUAGAAUGUCUUACAGUGCAACCUUGGUAAGACUGAAGUGUCCAUUUAUCCACUGUUGACAAAUAAAAGUUACACUUCAUUGAAGAUUGAGGAGAAAGACCUUGAACUGGAGUUGAAUCAAAGUACAUAGCUAAACGUUGGAAUUCCAGUUCUGAUCUGUUUUUAGGAUUAUAAUUUUAGUGAAUUACAUCCGCGAUGCAAAACUGAAGCUAAUAUUGUAAUAUUGCUGAUUUUGAAAAAGCCAGCUCUGCUAUAGUCACAAUGAAAUUUAAAUGAGCACAAGCCAAACACAGCCCUGACAAAUCAGCAUCUCCUCACAGAGAGGAAUUGAAUCAAUGCAUCUCUAUAAAUAAAGUUGAGUGUCUGCAUGCAGAGGGUGGAGACACUGAAUGACACUGCUGCUUACUCUGCAGCACUGCACCAGGAAGCACCUCUAGCAGCCAACUAAGGAGUGGCCAGUGAAGUUAUCACUAGGCUGUAAUGUAAACAUUGCUUUCUCUGAAAAAAGUGUUUAGAGCCAAAAGCCUGAAGGGAAUGAUUCUACUUACCAGUGUAGUUGUUCUGGUGACCAUAGUGUCCCUUUAAGUUUGAACUCUAGUGAUGAACGCGGUUUGUGUGCAGCUACUGUUAUUUAUUAUGUCAAACCAUUUUGAUUUGAGAAAAAAACCAAACAUACAUUAAGACCACCGUCUUAAUUCGCAACAUCGUAACAAGGAAAUCUCAUCCAUCCAAGUUCUUAUAUACACUGUGUGCAGUCAUCAGCGUAGAGCUCUGUACUUUAAAUCAGAAAAGGUUCAUUUGUUGGCACGAAACUGAUACGAUCGCACUGCAGCUUGUAAAAACAUAAUUUUCCAUGAUGUUUACCUAUCUAUAGUCUGUAAUAAUUGAAGUAGCAAAGUAAAAUCAGCUACAAUUAGCAAGAUUGUUUGUAAAAUUAGAAUGCAGAUCACUUGUGUUUGCUACUAUGAUGAUAGCAGAGCAGGUUAAAUUCUGAAGCUUACAGUUUUAUUGUGAACACUAUAAAGCUUGGGAACACUUAGUUCCAAAAUACGAGACAAGAUCUUAGGAUCCUUUUUCUUAGUUUUUUAAAUUAAUUUUUUCUUAUUCAAUAAUCUUCUGUUUAUGCCCUUUUCCUAGAGCAAAGGAAGCCGAGCAAUUAAAGCAAGACUUGCAAGAAGCCCGGGAGUCAGAACGCAGAGCUAAACAAAAACUCCUAGAGAUUACAAGCAAAACCACUUAUACGGUGAGAAGGUGUAAUAGUGUGGGUUUUUCAUUAAAGCACAAUAAUGUGAUCUGUGAGUCAAAGCUACCUGCACAGCACAGUCUGAAACAAACUGUCUGAUUAGCAUAGUCUGUUGACAUAUGCACUGAAUACACUUCACAAAUACAAUUUUAUUGUGGCUUUUUAUAAUCAUUGGGUAUCACCUUUUGAAUUAGAAAUUUCAAAUGUUAUAAAGUUAUUUUUCAAAACAUUCACCCCAAUAAUUAUUCAGAAUUGUACCUAAAUUAAAAUAAUGGGACCCUCUGUUUUUGGUUCUGUUGUAAAUUUCUAUGGAAGGUUAUUACAGAAAAUACCCCCACCAAGGCUGACCAAGCAUGAAGAAAUCUGGAGGACGUGGGUACUAUACUUAUGCUCCCGAAACUAAUCUCACCACACUUGAGGACAGUAUCAUCUGGGCGGUGGAAGGCGGACUGGGUGGGUGGCUGUGGGAAGGUAACGCUGGGGCUGCGCACCCUACCCUCCACUGUUGUGUCCACUAUGCCUUCUUCGACAGCUUGCCCUCACUCUUGCCUCCCCACCCCCCACUAGGCUAUCCUAACAUAUACCCUUUGCCUCUAUGCCAGACGGCCCCAUAAGGCAGGUAAUACUAGCCGCAGCGGAGCGCCCCUUUUUUCUGCACAGCCCCGCCACAUCACAACAUCACAGGCCCACUGUGGGCAGGGAGAACGGACGGAUUAAGGGAGCGUGUGGGGGCCAAAUACACAGGGGGCCAUAGGCUGCUUUGCUGGGUUACGGAGAGGCUGAGGCCGGGGUGGACUAGGGGGAGAACCGGGCAGGCUCCACUUAUUAACAUGUCUCCCUGGGUCCUGACAUCCCAUGGCAGAAGCAGAUAGCUCCCCGUGGUGCCACUCGGGGACGUGGCGGAUCCCGACACACGUCAGAGUUGCCCACACACGAGUUGCCCACGCUACCCUCUUGUCAACACAAAUCGCAGAGGGUAUCCUCAUAAGGGUUUCGAAAAUACGGACAUAUUUCUUAUAAUGUCAUUAAACAAAAUACCAAAGCUAGCACCGCGUGACUGUACCAUAUGCCUUUGGUCUCUUGAUCGUUCUCCGUGGCCACAGGAGACAACGAGACUGCCCAAGCUAGAGGUGGUAACAAAAGGAGAGAUAGGUAGGGUAGAGGGACCGUACCUCACAGGCUACUGGUAGCAUACUUCUAUCUGGUCUACCAAACACAUGGCAUUAAAAAAACUGAUGCGAACUUGGGUACUUUGGCGAAACCCAUUCGCAUACUGUAUGGUUUGGAACAAUUGAAGUUAUGAUUCUAAUGAUGAUAAGCACUAAGCACUAAGCUGUAUGCACACGUUUUAACUGGCCACUACUGGGCCAGGAUAUAAGCCUUGUUUUGUAAGCAUUUCUUUAAUUCUAUUGUGUAACCUAUAUUUUCCCUUACGGACUUGUUAAACCUGUACUAAAACUUUCAAUAAAAACGAGAUUUAAAAAAAAAUAAAAAAAUUACCCCUAUCAAUGUAAUUUAUAGGGCCGGUAAAGGAACACUAUAGGCACCAAAACAACUGUAGCUUAAUGAAGCAGUUUUGGUGUAUAGAUCAUGCCCCUGUAGUUUCACUGCUGAAUUUACUGCCAUUUAGUAAUUAAAUCACAGCAGUCCAUGCAUUUGACUUACACAGUCUCUAUAAACACUUCCUGUAAAGAGAGAUCUAAAGAUUAAACUACCUUUAUUGCACAGUCUGUUUAAUGUAAAAUUUCUUAUCUCCUGAUCUGUUAAUAGCCUUCUAAACCCUGCAGAAGCCCCCUGUGUGCAAUUAAAGAUCAAUUUACAGAGCAAGGGAUAAAAACUUCUAAAGCAAGUUAACAUCUGAUUGAAAUUGAAACCUUUUUUUUUUUCAUGCAGACUGUGUGAAUCACAGCCAGGAGAGGUGUUGCUAAGGCUGCAUAAACCGAAACAAAAGUAAUUUAACUUCUAAAUGUAGAGAAUUGAACAGUGAGACUGCAGAGACUCUAAAACGGAUACAUUAAGCAAAAGUUAUUUUUGAUACCUAUAAGUAUCACUUUAAAGGGACACUAUAGUCGCCUGAACAUCUUUAGCUUAAUGUAUCAGUUUUGGUGUAUAGAACAUGCCCCUGCAACCUCACUGCUCAAUCCUCUGCCAUUUAGGAGUUAAAUCCCUUUGUUUAUGAACCCUAGUCACACCUCCCUGCAUGUGACUUGCACAACCUUCCAUAAACAUUUCCUGUAAAGAGAGCCCUAUUUAGGCUUCCUUUAUUGCAACUUCUGUUUAAUUAAGAUUUUCUUAUCCCCUGCUAUGUUAAUAGCUUGCUAGACCCUGCAAGAGCCUACUGUAUGUGAUUAAAGUUCAAGUUAGAGAUUGAGAUACAAUUAUUUAAGGUAAAUUACAUCUGUUUGAAAGUGAAACCAGUUUUGUUUUUCAUGCAGGCUCUGUCAAUCAUAGCCAGGGAAGGUGUGGCUAGGGCUGCAUAAACAGAAACAAAGUGAUUUAACUCCUAAAUGACAGUGAAUUGAGCAGUGGAAUAGCAUGGGAAUGAUCUAUACACUAAAACUUCUUUAUUUAGCUAAAGUAAUUUAGGUGACUAUAGUGUUCCUUUAAUGGCAAAUAACUGCAAAGCCAUGGAUGAAUAAAUAAUAACACAAGUUUGACCCAGGCACAUAAUUUUCAGGGCUUUGCAUGGAGUUCAUCAGAGAAAUUGUAUAAAUACCUGAAUGUUUAUAUUUUCUGUUGCUUAGACCCUAGUCUAUCUAAUAGGCUCCCAUGCUUUUUGGUAAUGUUAGGUAUGCUACAUGUUAAUAAAACACCAUGGGAAUAUAAAAUAAGAAACAAAAAAAACAACAACUUGUCACUUUACAUGUGAUGUCUCAAAACAUAACAUUUUACCUCCGCAGCAAGCAGCAGCAACCACUAGCAGCUCUGUGCCUCCUGUCGACUUGCCAAGCUUCAGUAUGCUCAGCGAUAGCCUGCCCUAUGAUUUCAAGGACACAGAUAUGAAACGUCUGUCUAUGGAAAUCGAGAAGGAGAAGUAAGGCUUGCUAUCUGUGUGUGUAUGUUUGAGUCAGAUGGAGGGCAAAUUUGCCUCUGUGACAUAUGUGGUCAUCUCUACAAGUUCCAGAGAUUGCAGCUCUAUCCUUAAAAUGUAUUGGUAGCCUACUAAAUGCAUGUUGGCGCUGCUAGAGAAUAAUGGACAUUGUAGUUUGCAAACAAUUGGAGUUCCAUAGGUUGCAUACUACUGCCCUAGAUCAGUAUAAGUGAAAAUUUGCCAAACAACAUAUUUUAUUUAUUAUUACAUUUCUUUUUUUUCUUCUUUUUGUAACCUAGACACGCGUAAGGUAUAUUCUCAAAAUAAAUAAUUACAACAAUUUUGUACUAAUAUUUUACCAUUCUUUGACAUGACACACUUCAUUUGUUUUGCUGUAAUUACAUAGGUAGAAACAUUGUUAGGUUUAAAAAAAUAAAUCCACGUCCAUCUUGUGUCUAGUUAAAUCUAUUUAGCUUUUCGAGGAAAGCAACGGGGGAGGGAGCAUUGAAUCAAUAAUCAAUUGUGCAUUCCAAGUUAACUGAAUCAAAAGUCUUUCUGUAUUUAUUCUUUUGAGGAUAAAUAAGUGACUCUUGGCUUACUAAUACUAUCCUGUAUAUCUGCCAUCAACAGUACUGCUGGUGGCAUUCUCAUUAUCUUUGCUGCUGUCAUUCUUGCGUCUGAAGGGAAACAUCCUUUCACAAUCCUUAUAAUGUUUUCUCAGGAGUAAGGGGUGAAAAAUUCUGAUGAGGACAUUUUUAUAUUGUCCUUGAAUGUUCUUGGACUUUAUAAUCAGACCACUUACAAGGCUCUGUUCCAGAGUAAACAAAACCCAUUUUCCUGGCUUUGAUUCAUAAUUUAAUUCCUCUGUUCUCUUUAUUAAUUUUAGUGCGAUGUUUUGUACUCUUUCCAAUUCUAUAAUGUCUUUUCCUGUGAGCUGGUAAAUACAACUGUCCAACAAACUUGUACCCCUCCAUAUGUGCUCAUUAUUAUCCAAGAUGGUCGUUUUUUUAUUACAUUUGCCUGCGCAAUCUUUAAUUACGGUUGUAUGCAUGUUAAGUGUGUUGAUGUUUAAAGCUAUAGAUGUUCAGUUUUAUAUCAACACCAUAGUCGCAUCCGCCCCUACUUAACGCCAGAUGCGACUAAGGUGUUGGUCCAUUCCACUGUCCUUUCUCGCCUUGACUACUGUAAUCCGCUUCUCAGUGGUCUUACGUGCUCCCAACUUGCGCCGUUACAGUCCAUAAUGAAUGCGGCAGCGAGGCUCAUCUUCCUGUCCGCCCGCACCUCCCAUGCCUCACCCUUCUGUCAGUCCCUACAUUGGCUUCCCAUAAAAUAUAGAGCUUAAUUUAAAAUUCUGGUUCUUGCUUUCAAAUCUCUACAUAAUGCUGCUCCCACCCAUCUAUCCUCCCUUAUACACAAGUAUGUCCCGUCUAGGCCCUUACGAUCUGCUGAAGACUUACGUCUAUCUUCUGUCCGUACUCCCACCUCUGAUGCUCGCCUUCAAGAUUUCUCGAGGGCUGCACCGUUCCUGUGGAACUCGCUUCCCUCCUCCAUUAGAUGCUCACCCAGUCUCCACUCCUUCAAAAAAAUCGUUAAAAACCCACUUCUUCAUAAAAGCGUAUCAAUUAAACUGUUAAUAGCUCCUGACUGAUUCCUCUUCUGCAACUGUCACUAGUCUAAUACUAUCCUUACCUUUUUGUGUCAUUUUACCCCACUCCCUUUAGCAUGUAAGCUCAUUGAGCAGGGCCCUCAACCCCUCUGUUCCUGUGUGUCCAACUUGUCUGGUUACAACUACAUGUCUGUUCGUCCACCCAUUGUAAAGUGCUGCGGAAUUUGAUGGCGCUAUAUAAAUAUCUUAAUAGUAAUAAUAAUAAUAAUAUAUAAAUCAAUUAAGAAACUUGUUCUCAUGUAAACUUAUACAUUACAUGUGAAAUGUCUGUCAAGAAGGCAAUUUUUUUUCAUGCAUCCCAGUUUAUAUGAUAUUUUAUAGGCUUGUAUGUGUCAUGCGAAAUGUGAGUACUCUGAUACAUGUCACCCUGCUGUCUUGUAGGGUCGAGUAUAUGGAGAAGAGCCGCCACCUGCAAGAGCAGCUGAAUGAGCUGAAGACUGAAAUUGAAUCUCUAAAACUGAAGGAGAGGGAGACUGCCAUGGAUAUAAUGCAUGAAAAUGCAGGCAGCAAGCAAAACACUAUCAAAAAGGUGAGAUGCUGAGUAAGCUAGGGAGCGGGUGCAUCCUGAGUGAAUGACAGGCAAGGUCUACUAAUGAGAAUGGAGAGAAUGUGCACAUGGAAAUAGAACUGACGAUAAACUUCGGGGGUUGAGUAUAAAAAGUGUAUGUUAUGAAAAUGACGGAGUCAUCACUGCAACAUGCCUGCUGGCUUACCUGUUGGCUGUCCCACGUUUAGGACUUUGGACCACAAAACAUUUAAAACAUAAUCCCCAAAGAUUCCUGGGUCCUAACACAGACAUAAGAGAGAAUGCAGUGCGAUAAUCUAUUUGGGGGUUGAAGGGAGAUUAGAUAUGAGUAAGACAUAUGUGAAAAUUUUGCCUCAAAAUAAAUAAGGAAAAAAAAUGGAUGUAACAUGGGUCAACUAUGGAAAUGUAUGCAUACAAAUCUUAUUUAGACCUUCCAAUAGAAAAUAAUUUUACUCAAGAUAGCUAUUAUUCAGUGAGGUGGCAACCGUAAAGAAACAAAUCACAGUACGUAAUUAUUUAGACACAUACUAAGUCAUGUGGUGUGAUGUGGUUCUACACUCCCCUUAGCCGACCGUAAAUUACCAGAUCCAUGGAUCAAGGAAAUGAGAUUGGGAUUAUUAAGACCCAACCUGUGUGUGACAUGCUGCACUCAUCCCUCCGUAGUGACUGUGUUCACAUAUUGUGGAAUUUUUCUUUUUUCCUGUUAGGGGAGGAGAGCAGUCUGCAUCUGAGCGUGACCCAUAGUGUGUGCCAGGUAUUGUGUAUGUGUGUGUGCGUGUAAUAAAUAUGAAAAACAUACUAACUCCCUAUGUUAAAAACUAACUCCUUUGUGUAUAUGAGUGGAGCAGCAUCCAGUGAAAUUCUCCAAAAGCAUGUGUCCAAUUAGAUGAUAAAUUCAACACCAUAUGCCUGCAUUUUGCUUUCUUUGUGUCCAACUCUGACUGUUCCUUGAGUCUUUUAGAGUAACAGUACUUCCAAAAUUAGUAGUGUUCUAAUGUGUAUGUGUAACUCUGCUUGCUGAAUCACUGUGCCCCACCAUAACACUCCCAUAUGUCUGUAAACCCACCUCACCUCCUUAAUCAAUACUGCUUGCUCACUAUAUUUCUAAACUGUGUUAUAAGCUUUGAAUUACCUUCUUGCUUUGCAACCUACAUGAAACCCUCCACUUGCUCCAUGCAUGUCUUCCUGAAUCAUUACAGUGCCCUCAUAGUUUGACUUUGUCUAUAUCUGAUCUACAUCUGCUUCGUGCAACACUGCAAGUUCUAUCUGCAACAUCACCUUUCUUAACCCUUACUGAAUUUCAUGAGUAUACAAUUCAUAAUGGAGGUGAGAGUAAUAUUCUAUUCUUUGGAAGCCAAUAUUUUGCUCCCCUCCUCCCCCCCACCCCCCAUUCUUUUGACAAUAUAGUCAGCCAUGUUAAUCAGGGGUUGAAUAGAACAACCCAAGCUUGGGGUUUAGUUUAUACAGAGUAUAUGUAGUGAAUCCCUUUACCUUGUAUAUCUUAAAACAGGGCUUGACAAAUUUGCUUUGAAUCUAGCAGCCAGCUAAAAAGUUAGGAGCCAGACUUUUUAAAACUUACAAAGCUUUAUAUUCAUCGACAAAAAUACAAUUCUUAAAGGGACAGCUUAAUGUAGUGGUUCUGGUGUCUUUAGCCUGUCCCUGCAUACUUUUCAGUGUAACCACUGCCUUUUCAGAGAAAAGGCAAAAUAUGCUUAAAUUGUAUUGGUGCCUGGAGUGUCUUUUCUAGGGUAAGCUGAAUCAAGAAAGCUUAUCAAAAUCCAAACCUGAAAAACACAGUGGGGAAAAAAUCAACAACAAUAGUUGAAGAGACACUAUAGUCACUCAGUCAACUUAAUAUCAAUGAAGGGUUCUAGAUGCAUUGUCCCUGUCCUUGUGAAGAAACACUAUAACGUUAGGAAUACAAAUGUGCGUUCCUAAUGCUAUAGUGCCUUAGUCACCAUUUAUAAGUUAACUUGCCUUGUUUCCCACACCAUGCUAUUCUGUCACGGUUUGGUCCCACCUCCUUGUCUGAGAUCAUCGAGAUUGAUGAUCUCAGCCAAUCCAAUGUUUCCCAAUAGGUAAGCAGUGUGCAAAAUGCCUCUCGGUGCCAUGCAGUUUUACUCCAUUAUUUUACGGAAGCACCUCUAGUUGCUGUCAUUGACAGCCAUUAGAGGCAGGUUAACCCUGCAAAGAAAACAUUGCGUUUCCUGCAGAUUCAGUGCUUUCCUGUGGAGAAGUUUGAAGGUGUGAAUGAACAUGCACAUUAGGUCCCCAAUGCUCCUGUAUGAGGUUACCUCUCUGAGGCCAUGCCUCUUCUGUGAUCUUGUUGGAAAUGGUGAGGUGUGCAGCGGGCUUGGCUCUGGAAAAAGGUAAGAAAAACAUAAUUUUUAAAAUUUUAUUUUGUAGCAUGAAAGUGGGCAUGGUGGCUGGAAACGAGUAAAGUACAGUAUAGCAUCAGGUAUACAGAUUUGUAUCCGUAAUGCUGUACUGUUUCUUUAAGUCUGCUCUCCAUUUAGUUUUGAUGGUUAUAGACAUUGCUGCUAUAGCUAGAGUAGACGGUUAUUGGUUAAUUUUUACACAAGGGUGUCACAUAGCUCUUUUAAACAAAGGUGCCAAAACUAAGGUUCUCUUAUCUAAUUAGUUUUUGGUUGCCAGUUUAAUAGUAUUCUGUGCAACAGAUCUUACAUCAGUGCUGGAAACCAAACAGGACAGAAAUACAUGUUUAUGGUAUAAUAAAAUAUAUGCAUCUUCCUCUAUUAUUCUGCAUCUUUCACUCUGGUUAGUUCUAUUUAAAAUUUUAGAGAAACCUUUUCAAGAAUAUUCAUAAACCCACAUGAUGGCUGCUGUAGCAAGCUCGUUGCAGCUGCAGUUAUUCUCUGGAACAGCUAUCUUGAUAAUGUAGCAUACCGACAUAAAUGUCAACUUGGGCACUAAGAGACGUCUCAGGAGCCUUCUAACCUGACUGGAUCUUCAGCAAAUUUUGUUCUCUAGUUCUUAGACAGGAAUCAUUCCUGGUUCACAGUUGACAAGAUCUUAUGAAAUUUCAGAGAAAUUAUUCACGCAGCCUCAAAAGAAUGCUUGUUCAACGUGUGAUACAUGACAGAAACCUUGGGGUAGAUACUGAGAGCUAUUUUAAAGUUAUACAUGAUGAUGCAUACAAUUCUUCAAUUAAAAAAUCAUCAUGUAGAUUUCUCAAAAAAAAAAAAGGAUCCGGAUUUUGCUGGUCACAACCAUUUUAGAAACCGUAGCAUUUAUUGACUGUGACACGUUUUGUGAUUGGUAAAGACAUAUACUACAGUUAAAAGGAAUGGAAAUAACUUACUCACUUUGGUUCAUUGUCAUAUCAGAUGAUUUCCAUAUCUUUGCACGCACAUAGGUUCCAUAUAUGUUAUUAUAUAGAAGUCAUCUAUGCAAAUUGAUAAGUAGGAUUUCUUUAAGAAAGCCUGCAGCAUUGUUAAAAUCAUGGUUAAAUGUAUAGCAUAAAAGGGACAUUCUAGGCACUGUAAGUUCCUUGAAGUGGUUAUAGUGUCUAUAGUACACUGGUGCUAUCUUUCUGUUUAAGUUUAAACUGUUUUUAAUGUUUUAAUAGCAAAAUGAGUUUUCUGCAGUAUACCCCACUGAGCUGCUUGGGCUAAUAAAGAAGUAUUAGCCUGAGUAGCAAUGGGUGGCAGUGAUUGAAAGCAGUCGGCUGAAAUUCUCAACCAGUUUAUAACUCUACUUGCACCUUUCUGUUCACUUGACUGUCAGAGGGAUGUUUCUGAAUUCAUUCAUAAAAGUGACGACUUGUCUUAAGCAAGCUUUAAUGCUUUAGAUGUAGGAUAAUUAAAAAAAUACUCCAAAUAUCAGAACUAGACCACUGUUAGGGUUAUGAUUCCAGGAGUACCCUGCUGCUGUCCCACAGUAAUAUAUCAGACUUAUUUAGCACAGAUUGAAAGCUUACCUGUGUCCUGCCGGUUGCCAGAUGCCACUUUAGAGCAAAUCUGCUGGAGGAGACCAGAUACAGCGCAGGUGCCUUGUGGAACCCCAGUAUUGGCAAACCAUGCUAAAAUAGUAUGAAUUCUUACUUUGGAAUGAUGCCAGGGCAUUCUUAGCAUUAUAACUAUUACUGUGGGCUGUAGUGGUUAUGGUUCCUUUUUCAUUCUAUUGAGAGAUCAACAGAAUGAAAGAAGCAUGAGUUCAUACCUCCAAACUAUUUGAAGUGUGAAUUUAGGAGUGAGUUGGCAGGCCAGAACACCAGGGAAUAAAACCCAAAUGGGAAGAAAAAGAGUCCACAUAUGAGCAUGUCCAGCACAAAGCAAAGGCCUGGAGGUAUAAGAGUGCCUUAUACUACAGCCUGUGUAAGGAGUCUACAGAAUUACAGUGUGUUACGUUUCUCUCUUUAUUAUAAAAGAAUCACAUUAACUGUGCUGGGAUUUCACUGAAAAGGGAUUACUUUGUCUUGUGCAUUUUUUCUGCACUUGACAAAAGGCAGAGCUACUGCCAUCACGUUUUGUUAAAUCCCCCAGUCGUCACUCGUGAUGGUGGAGGGAAAAGGCAUUGUCUGUGGAGGCUCCUGUGUCUCGUGGAAUCCUCUAUAGACCUCAGUGUUGUACUCUAGUACAUGUGCAAGCAUACAGCUCUGAAAGUAAGCUCCUUGCAGAUGAAGUGCCCACAUGAGGGGUCCUUGCAAAAUAUGCUAAGAUUGCAGAAAAUGACAGCCGUGCUUUAAAGGAAGUCUCUCAUGCCCAUCUCUCAUGCCCAUAACCAUUUCAACUCAUUGCAGUUGUUACAGAGAAGGACUGUUCAAAGUGCCUUACCAUCAGAGGUUAAACCAUUUUGCAGCAGUUUAACCCUGAAGUAGGAGCUCCUGCACUGUUGCUGAGAGAGCUCACUGAUGCUCUCACUCUAUCACUUGCUGCGCAUUGAGAGUAAUUGUACUAUUACAACUUUGGGGUUAAACCGUUGCAAAACCUUUUAACCCCUGAAUGUACCCUGAGGUAAAUCAAGCUAGUAAUGCAUGUUUGUGUGCUCAGUAGUGACUGGAUCUGUUUCUGGAUUCAUUGAACAGUUUGUGGGCCCUCUGAUGAGAGAUUUAGCUCAUUUAAGUGGCUUUGUCUCCUUCUGGGAUUUUUUGCAUAUUUUGCAAAGACCCUCAAUUGUAACUUUUCCACUGUGCUGUGCACAUGAGCCAUCAAGUUUAAGUGCAAUUACAGCUGUAAUAAAAAUUAUUCAACCCCUAUUGAAAAUCAGGUUUAUAGUCAAAAGUUCCCUCUUUAACCUCGAACCGUGCAAAAUUCCCUUCAGCGCAUUCAAAGCAUUUGAGGAAGCUACAGACGAGAUUGAUGGCUAUUUGGACUUUGAGAGACAAUGUGCCCUACACAAGAUACCAGAAGGUAACCCGUUCCCAAUUUUGUCUGGAAAGCUCUCUGGCCAUUCCUGAUCAGGACAUAAGCAGCUAUGAGCGGGUGAAGGAAGCCCUCCUAGCCCGGUACGCAGUGACCCCAGAGGCAUACCGGCAAAAAUUCUGGGAGUCCAGGAAGACAGCAACCGAUUCAUACACGAAGUGGGCUUGCAGGCUGCAUCGGGCAGCCACCCACUGGGUGAAUGGAUGCCAGGCUACCACCCUGGAGGAAUUAUUACAGCUGGUGCUGCUUGAACAGUUUUUCUCGCUGCUACAAACGGAUGUAAAGGAAUGGGUGAGGGAUCAUAACCCCCUCACCCUGCAAGAAGCAGCCCAGCUUGCAGAUGAAUAUAUGGAUGCCCGCAAGCCGGAACGACCGUCCCUCAGACCUCAGACAGCACGGGUUGAGCCACCAGCACCACUCUCAGUGGGCAACUAUCCACCACCACAGCGAUCCCCAGCAGCCGUUAGUCGACCUCCCCAGACUACGGGACCAAGAUGUUUCCGGUGCAAGCAAGUGUGACACUACCACAGGGAUUGCCCAAUGGAACCUACCCAAUCUACGUGAAAUCGUCCAACCGGUACCAGCUCCCGACCAGCAGUACACACCAUCGACUACCCAGUGUCCUCUACGUGGGAGGCCCGGGAGUUAACCAGGGAGGGGCCAUUGGGGUUCCUUCAUGAGGCCAACCCGGUGCAGGCCGCCAGCGGAGAUAAUCGACAACACCACCGACAACUAGUGAUGGUUAAUGGCAAGACGGUGCAAGGCCUACGAGAUACAGGAGCCUCCACCACCCUAGUACAGAGAUACUUGCUCAACAACCACGAGCCACCCGGCAAAUCCAUCGCUAUACGGGUAGCAGGGGGAGCCGUCUACAGGAUUCCCACCGCCCAAGUUCAUUUGGAUUGGGGUGUGGGGUUUGGAACUGUGAAAGUGGGGGUCAUGAAGGAUUUGCCUGCAGAUGUGAUCCUCGGAAAGGACUUAGGUCCACUUACUUCCACCUAUAUACCUACACCUAACCAUGAGGUUCAUGCUGUGACUAUUCAAGCUCAGAGCCGCGCUGCAGAAAGCCACUCUCAAACUCCGGAGACCCAGGUAAGACAUGCUUCCCCGACCCUCAUGGUAGAGCCCUACCCUGGGACACCCCUGAAGAUUUUGGGAAAGAGGUAGCGGGAGACCCCACUUUGCUAAGAUACCGGGAAAAGGCCAUCUCUGACCCAGGGGGACUGGAUGGAGAACAGUAUAUGUGGGAGGGAGGCCGGUUGUAUAGAUUUACAGAUUCCCGAACCAAAGCCCCGGGGCCAAGGCAAAAACGUCAGCUAGUGGUACCCCAGAAAUACAGGCAGGAGCUGAUGAGGAUUGGGCACAAUAUUCCAUUAGCUGGACAUUUAGGGAUUAGACGGACGGCGUACCGAGUAACCCAAAACUUCUUCUGGCCGGGAAUCUCUAACGAUGUCCGACGGUAUUGCCAAACGUGUGAAGUAUGCCAGCGGGUGGGUAAGAAGGGUGACCACCCUAAAGCUAAGAUGGUUCCAAUGCCCAUAAUUGAAGAAACCUUUAGUCGAGUCGCUGUAGACUUACUAGGACCCCUAACUCAUCCCAGUCGCUCAGGUAACACUGUCUAACAUUGAGGCAGAGACAGUGGCGGAUGCCCUGGUCAAGGUGUUCUCAAGAGUCGGAUUUCCCCAGGAAAUCCUAUCAGACCAGGGUACCCAGUUCACUGCCGCUGUGAUCCAGCAGUUGUAGAAGGUGUGCAGGAUAAAACUCCUGACUAUCUCCCCGUACCAUCCCCAGACAAACGGUCUAUGCAAGCGGUUCAUUGGAACUCUGAAGCAGAUGCUGAAGACGUUCAUGGCCGCUUGCAGGGACUGGGAGCGAUUCCUGCCGCACCUCCUUUUUGCUUACCGAGAGGUCCCGCAGGAAUCAACGGGGUUCUCCCCCUUUGAGUUGUUAUACAGGAGGCGAGUGAGGGGACCCUUAGACCUGAUUAGGGAGCGUUGGGAGGGAGCCACAGAGUCAGCAGGGACCCCGGUGGUGCCAUAUGUGCUGGAACUGAUGGACCGUAUGGAGGCGUUGACCCAGAUGGUGCGUGAAAACCUCCAAUCGGCUCAGCGGCGCCAGCGGAUAUGGUACGACCGGAGGACCAGGCACCGUAGUUUUCAGGUAGAACAGAGAGUUAUGGUACUUAAACCAGUCCGAUGGGACAAACUACAGGCUGCCUGGCAGGGACCCUACAAAAUUAUUGGGGAAGUAUGACACUACUUAUACAGUAGCCAGCUGUGAUAAUGAGAAUGUAAAGCGCACAUUCCACAUCAACAUGCUGAAGGAAUACAAGGGUAGAGAAGAGGAGGUGGCGGUCGUGUGUGCGCCACCAUCCGAGGAUUUAGACACCCUACCCCUGCCGGAUCUAUUGGAGGGCGACCAGAGGGUACGGGCUAUAGAGUUGGUACAGUUGGGGGAACGGCUGGGACCACAGGAACGGGCCCAGGCGAUCGCCCUUCUGGAAGCCAAACAGGCUAUGUUCUCUCGGGUGCCUGGGUACACGAGACUGGCCGUCCUCAGCCCCCCUACAGCAUCCCUGAGGCAGUCUGGGAAGGGAUGCGGAGGGUAAUAAAUGAAAUGCUACGCUUAGGGGUCAUUGAGCAUUCCGAAAGUCCUUGGGAUUCGCCGGUAGUGCUAGUGCCGAAGCGGGACGGCACGACCCGCUUCUGCGUAGACUACCGACGACUCAACGAUAAGACUGUCACAGAUGCCUACCAGAUGCCCCGGGUAGACGAACCGUUGGACCGGAUGGCUAGGGGGAAAUAUCUGACAACAAUAGACUUAUGUAAGGGCUACUGGCAAAUUCCCCUAGCCGAGGACACCAUUCUGAAAUCGGCCUUCGUCACCCCGUUCGGCUUAUACCAGUUCCGAGUUAUGCCGUUCGGGAUGAAGAAUGCCCCAGCCACUUUCCAACGGAUGGUAGAUCGCCUCCUAAAUGGUCUCCAGGAUUAUGCGUGCGCAUACCUGGACAACAUAGCAAUUUUUUGUAAAACCUGGGAGGCCCACUUAGAACAUGUAGGGGCGGUACUGGAUAGAAUCCGGGCAGCCGGCUUGACAUUGAAGCCUGACAAGUGUCACAUUGGUAUGGCGGAGGUUCAGUACUUGGGCCACCGGGUAGGAUGCGGAAAACAACGGCCGGAGCCCGCUAAGAUUGAGGCUGUUGCCAACUGGCCCACCCCCCGUACCAAGACGCAAGUUAUGGCUUUCUUAGGGACAACCUGCUACUACAGACGCUUUGUCCCUGACUAUAGCGCCCUGGCCAAACCCCUGACGGACUUGACAAAAAAGAACUUACCCCGACAGGUCCUGUGGUCCCCGGAGUGCGAGGCAGCCUUUCAAGCAUUGAAGCAAGCUCUUAUAAAUGCACCUGUUCUCGCUGCCCCCGAUCCUAACAAACGUUUCAUUGUACACACAGAUCCUUCAAUGUUUGGACUGGGGGCAGUCUUAAGCCAGGUCGGAGAAGACUGGGGGGAGCAGCCUGUAGCCUAUUUGAGCCGAAAAUUGUUGCCCAGGGAGGUCCGCUACAAUUCUCAUUUUAGUAAAUAACCCUGUAUUUGUGUAAAUGUAAUGGUGUGUGUGUGUGUGUGUGUGUUAAUGAAGCAUACUGAGGGAUACAUAGGGUAUUUAUCACUCAAACAGAGAAACACACACUCUUACAAUUACUUCCUCAGACAUACUCAUACAUUUACACUCCCAGAAACACAUACAUACAAUUACAUGCUCAGACCACAUAUGCACAGGCAUGCCCAGACACACAUCUCUCUGACUGGCGCUGUGUGCAUCCAGUGCUAUGAGGCAGCAUGUGGUCUAGAUAUUUAUCACUGUGUGUGCUCCCUCAUGGUCAUGGACAGGAAGGAGCUUUUACAGUGAUCUACACUUGUCAGACCUGCAAAACACAAGCUCUGCCCACUUUUCCACCAUGGUCACAGACCCCACACUGGACCAUGAUCACGGUCCUCCUUGCACCACUUGAGAAUUAAGAUCAUAGGCCACCUGCCUUACCAUAAGCAGGAGUGGGACAAAUCCAUAUUUAUUUAUUUUAAAACCAUUAUCAUAAUGUCUGGGGUGGAAGGACACAACACAGCCACAAACAUCACUCACAGGUACCCCCACACAGCCUCAUCACAUGGCCAGCCACUUCAAACAUAGUCACGUGCAUCACACACAGCCACAUAUUACAGCCAUCCACUCACACAUGGCUAGCUACAGACGCAACACAGCAAAAAAACACAAAUCAGGCACAAAACAUUAUACAUGACUAUCACACAUAGCUAGCUUCAGACACUACACAGCAAAAAUACACGAAGCAGGCACAAACACAUUCCAUGUUGCCAUAAUCUACAGAUACAGCAGUGACAGCCUCUCUACUUAUACAAAGCCACCACACACUUUCACAUCACAAGCUCCAUGUAAAAUAUCCUCUUUAAGCAAGAGGAGGAAAUACACUCACUGAUGGACAAGGAAUACAUGUUUAAAACAUGUACGGAGUACAAGGUCAUUUUAAAUAACAAGACAGGAGGCCAAAAACUGUGACUUGCUGUGAACAUCAGGACAGUUGGCAAGUAUGAUUCAGCAUUACCUCAAGUAAUCUUAAGUUUUUAAUGUAAGCUUUCACUGUAUUUCUCCAGAAGCAAGUCCCUGUCAUUGCACAUUUUAAGAACGUAUUUCUAGCUGCAGUGCAUUCUGAUACACCCUUUAUUGAUCCCUUUUUCUCCUUGGGUGUAAAUAUUACAGAACGGUUCUUUCCAUUUACUCUUUCACUUUUUACAUUUACAUUUUUCUUUUUGGCAUUGUAUCUUCCAGGCAAGUGGGAGAACACUCUUUUAUAGCAAAACAUUUAUUCAUAUGCAUUGGUUAAACUAUUGAUUAUUGUAUCAUUCUUUCUGCCUAAGGCUGCAUCAUUACCAAGAACAAGAAAUAAUUGCUCUAUCCCUUUCUCCUACUAUUUAAAGGACAAAUGGAAAGCUUUUACUCAAACUAGAAAAAGCUACACAUUUAAGUUUUAAAACAAUUACAAGACCUAAUUGAAUGUGGAAUAUUGAAGCACAAAAGUAAGACUUUUUAUAUUUCAGUGAAAGGCUUCAUAAGAUGUUUCCUAUUUAUCGUUUACCUCUUUGCUACUAAGUUGUCAUUAAAAAAUAUAUAUGAAACAUGGGAUGUAUAGCUGGCACUUAGCUUAAAACGGUUAUUCGUUCUAUAUUUUUAUGAAAUCUAUUAAAAAAAAUAUAUCUAGACAUUUAUUUUGUAUGUCAUAUGGUCCAAAAUAUUAUCAUAGAAUAUUAAUUAAACCAAAUUUUCACCUACACUAGGUAAACUAAAAAUAAAAAAGGGAUCAUGAUGGUAUUUCUAGGAAAGGAACUUAAUAAAAAUGCCAAUUACAGUAAGUACAGUUAAACAUCAGGAACACAAACAUUUAUUUUUGACACUAUAGUGUUAAACUAACUUUAUGUCCCCGGCCCUUUUCAAAUGACUGUAAAAAGGUGUUCAAACUCACCUUUUUUCCCUCAUUGCAUGUGGCUCUGCCUCCAUGGCUGUGAUCAUGAAACCCGAUGAUAUCAGCCAAUCCAAUGCUUUCCCAUAGGAGAGCAUUGGGAGGCCAUUGAGCAUUGCACUGCAUAACUCCACACUGCACCAAUCAGCAUCUCCUCAUAGAGAUGCAUUUAAUGAGUGCAUCUCUAUAGGGAAUGUUUAGCACUUCCAUGCAAGACGUGGAGACACUGAAUGCCAAUUCUGCACAUUGUGCAGCACUGAACCAGGAAGCACCUCCAGGGCCGUCUUAGUGACUGCCACUAGAGGUUUAACUAGCCAGCAAUGUAAACACUAAUUUUUCUCUGAAAAUACAGUGUUUACAUUGAAGAAAGCCUGCAGAGACUUGCUUGAGACACUAGAACAACUAAAUUAAGCUGUAUUGGUUCUCUGACUAUAGUGUCCCUUUAAAACAGACAUCAGUAUUAUAUACCACAGAAAGUACAAAUAAUAAUGUGUAUAGUGUUCUCUUAUCACAAAUAGCAGCAGUCCACCUACAAAGAGCUCCCACACCCUGUGAAUAACAAGCAGAUAAAUACAAACAAAUAGUGAGCCGCGCUUAAUAAUUAAAAAGGAAUAUACAUACAAUCAACAGAGGAGGAUAAUUGUGAGACUUAUCUUUAACAAAGAAAUGUACAAUAGUGUAAUACUGUAAGAAAUGCAGUAGAUAUAAAGGCAAUGCCAAUAGAACACUCACACUUUCCAGAGCUUCAGUUAGCUCUAAUAUUGCACGCCAAGACGGAACAAUGCCAGUCCAAGGAUAUGAUGUCGGAUAUCUUGAGCAGCAGUCCGUAAUAUAUGUGGAGGGAAGCGCAGAUAGGAGAACCAAUGGUGUAGUCCAAUUAUAAAAUGAACAUAUUAUACAGGUAAGUAUUCUUACAAUUUCCAGAGUGUGAACCUGCUCUGGUAUGGAGCACUUGGGUGGAAUGAUCCCCACCUAUGGAUUUGAUGGAUAGCCAAGGAGCCAGGUCAGAAUAAAAACAGAAAUCCAAAGGGCAGGAUACUUAUUUAAAGUACUUUAUUUAAAACAAUAAAAGUGAUUAAAAAAAAUGGGUAGUAAAAUAAUAAACUAUAAAUGUAUACCAGUCUACAGUGGAAUUGAAGAGACACAAAAUUAAGGCACAACACAGAAAUUUGUCUUUCUGCAUAAUGAAACCAGUGUUGUAUUUCCCCCACCCCCCUUCCCCCUCCCCCCAAAAAAGGCAAGUGGGGUUUUAUGAGAUAAACUUUGUUUUGCAGUGUUCUGCAGACAAGAAAAUGCACGAUUGACCAUGUAUGCACCUUGCUAGUAGAGAGACUGAGUUAUGUGAUUUUUCAGAUUUCCGUAACUAGCAUAAAGUAGGCUUGCAGUAUCAGUCCUAACAUAAUUAUAAAAUCAGCACACAAUAAGCAUACAUAAGAGAAAAUAGAGUAACUUAUUUAUUUAAUAAAGUGGGGGGUUUUUGUGUCCCUUGACUCUGCCAAAAUGUUAUUUUAGCUAUUUUUUUUCCCAGUUCAAAAAAAUGUAGGUCAACGAGAAAAUAUGGUCAUGUUUUAGAUGCACAGUAGCAUACACUGAGUGGGCACUUGUAGCUGCAGUUAUCAAGUAAAUUGGUGCAGCCGGAGGCCAAAUAGUGGAGAUACCCUGACGCCCAGUUAGAUUACAGUCCCUUUCUAUGCCAGUGAGGUAUGCUCUACAUUCAUAAUUUGUUUUUCUUUUUAGGAACACAUCUUUUUUUAAACUUUUAUCCUUUGGCAAGAAUUUGAGAGGAAGGGAUAUGACAAAUUAGUUUUCGCUCUUAAAACUAGAUGUAGACUAAAACAGGUGUAGAAAAUUCUUUAGGUGAUCAUUGUGGCUCUGUUACUAGGGUUCCGUCUAGGCACCAGAACAACUUUGCUGCAUUUUUAAAACAUUUUUUUUAAAGCUUAUGGAAAAAUAACCGCUUAAUAUUAAUACUCUUAAUUUGUCCAAAAACCCAAAUUAAUUACUGGGUUUCAUGCAAAUAUAAGAAAGCCUAUUUUAGUGUUUUAGUGUUACUAUAUAGUAUCUGCAAAAACUUCUAUUUUUGUUCUACAUUAAAUGUUUGGUUCUAUAGGCACCCAGACCCCUUCAUUUCGUUGAAAUGGUCUGUGUGCAGUGUCCUUGUCCCCUUAACCCUGUUUUAGAUAAACUGCAUUGCAGUGUUAAGACUGCCUCUAGUGGCUAUCUAUCAGACAGUCACUAGAGGUGCUCCCUGCUGUGAACGCUUUGCAUGAGGAUGUCCGUCUUCAAAAUCCCCAUAGGAAAGCAAUGAUUUAAUGCUUUUCUGUGGGGAAGUCCUAAUGUGCAUUGCACUCGCCAAUCAUGUGCAUUAGGUUGCCCCCACACAUUGUAGUUGGAGGAGAUGGGGGUGUUUUCUUUUUGUUUGUUUGGUUUUUUUUUUAGAUUAUUUUUUAUUUUUUCAUUAGCUUUUAGAAUGAUUUAAUGUUUUGAAAAAUAUUUUACGAACGUUUAUAUUUUUUUAUAUAUUUAUGUAUACUUUUUUUAGAUAUGUUAUAUUUAUUUAUAUCUUAAUAUUUGAAAUAAAUAUAACAUAUCUAAAAAUAUUAAAUCAUUUGAAAAUCUUAUGCCACAGUAUUAAGUUGAGACCUAUGUCUUUUAAGAUGUUAUGGUUGUGACUGUAAAUAACUCAUACCAAUAAAGCUAUUUAUAAUGGAGGAAUCAAUUGUUUGAAAAUGGAUUAAUUGUUCCCGAGCGAGCUAUUCUAAAAGAUACAUAUUAAUGCUAAUGGUGAAAUAUAUUACUGUAGAUUACUUAUUUUUUCUUUGUUGAGUUUCUGCUGAAUAAACCUAACUCUGGCUCCACUCUUGUUGUGUCACUUCUAGAAUGUAGUUGCUUUUGUUAACUUCAGUGGCUAUGUAUCAAACAGCUCAAACUGUUAGAGUAAUGUUCAUCUAUGACUUGCAGACUUAAAGGCAACUUUUAAAGCAAACUGUAAACCUGACUGAGUGUAUCAGAAUUAACAAGGCUGCUAUUGUUUGGGUUUAUAAUGUAAUGUAUGACCAAUCAGAAUAAUUAUUACUACUUUAAUCACACAUAACACAACAAAAUGCUGAUAACAAUAACAGAAAAACGAAAGGAAAAUGUUAGCAUAGAGAUAUACUAAUAAUUUUUAUUUAUUUUUUUGCUCUCAAUACUUUUCUUCUAAGCAGCACUAUACCCAUUAAUGAUCUGCCUCCAUUCCAGAAUCUUUAUUUUAAGAAUGACACCUAUCUCAUCUUUUAAAGGUUCCCCAAUAGUGAUGUCCCGAACGGUUCGCCGCGGACUCAUCAUUGAGUAAACUUUGACACUGUACCUCACAGUCAGCAGACACAUUCCAGCCAAUCAGCAGCAGACCCUCCCUCCCAGACCCUCCCACCUCCUGGACAGCAUCCAUUUUACAUUCAUUGUGAAGCUGCAUUCUUAGUGAGCUGUCCAGGAGGUGGGAGGGUCUGGGAGGGAGGGUCUGCUGCUGAUUGGCUGGAAUGUGUCUGCUGACUGUGAGAUACAGGGUCAAAGUUUACUCAAUGAUGAGUCUGUGGCGAACCGUUCGGCACAUAACUAUUCCCCAAAUAUCUUAAAAUGUCUCCGUAUAACUAUACAAGGGCUUGUCAUCUCUCCUUGCUUUAACCAAGAAGAGGUCAUACAUCUGUCAGUAUAAUAAUGUAAAAUAAAAAGUAUUAAUUUAUCAGUGCAAAUAUUCACUUUCCUGAAUGCAUUUGAACUGUCCCUUGCAUUUCUCUCUUAUCUCUGGAGAUGUUGAAACAUUGUCCUUUCUAAAUCCCGCAUCUCUAUCUUGCUAAACCUUCCCUGUGGCACUGUAAAUGUUCUCAGUGUCUCUCCCUCUCGUAAACCUCCUGUAGCUGACAUGCAUCCCUAUAUCUUUUUCUAUCUAAGCGCUUCUUACAGCUUUUGACAGUACUGCCUAAAUCUUCCUAUUUCCUAAACCCUCCCUGCAGCAUAGAACUUAUCCUACCAAUUUGUCAUUUCUGACUGAAUUGUAAAAUGGAUCCUCAUAAUCCAUUCUUUUUCUCAAAACCUGAUACUGUCCUACCCGCCAAUAAAAUUCAUUCUUCUUUUAUUUAGUGUAAAAUAAAUAGAUCCAAAAGUGUCAAUAGAUAUAGAUGCCUUUCUCCUCUUAAACACAUUUUUAUAUUUAAUCAUUUUGGUUCAUUCUUUUUAAAUAAUUUCCUAUAUCUUUGUUUUAAACCUCAAUCUAUGCUUUCCCGUGGUCCCCUCCAAAAGGAAACCUGUAGUGGAUGGGUAGGAUGCCUAGCCCAAUAAGAAUUAGCAUAAAUUGAGGAGAGUCUCUGGAAGCAGUUGAAGCAGUAAAUAUUGCAGUUAGCAUGUUCAUCUCCCAUGUUAAAAUUAGUGUAGGACCCACCGGUACUGGGGUACUUUGACGUAGUGGUGGCAAUUGUGGCAGUAACAAAAUACGACCAUGUGGAUCCCCAUAUUUUAGGUGUGAUUUUAAGCAGCAUUGUAAAAUUUUAAAUAGUUUAUUUUUUGCUCUGUUCCCUAAUCUUUGUUUUGUAUCUAUAUUUUGUUCUUUACGACAGCACUGCUACUUAGAAAUUCAUGGUUGCUGUGUGCACCAAACACCACUUUAUGUGUGGAUUUGGAAUCCAGACUAGAUUCUUAUUGGGUUGAGCACCCCACCCGUUCACUACAGGUGCCUCUUCAGAGGUGAUGCAUUAACAUGCGAACUGCAAUACUUACUGUGUGUUUGCGCGCACGCGCACUUUUCUCUGAUCUGUACUUUGUAUAUAUUUUGGUCUUUACAGCAGUGUCACCCCAAUACCAGUGGGUCCUACACUAAUUUUAACAUGGGAGAUUAACAUGCUAACUGCAAUAUUUGCUCAAGGGACAGAUUAGACCCCUAAAAUAUAUCCUCUUUCUAUAUGUGAAGAGUAUAUCCUCGCUUUUGUAUUUUACUAAAAGUGCAGAUUUUAAUAGAAAUUUUCACUUUUUAUAAAUGAACCUUGCUACACCCCCUGGCUGUCAAUCAAACAGCUGGUCCUGUUACUUUCCUAUUUGCUUAGCUUAGUGAAACUAAACUCGAGAGGCAGCAAUUGUCCGUAGAACCUGCCUUGCAAAGACUUCGCAUUGAGCACUGGGAAGUCUGUGAUUGGACAGCCACUGAAAGUCUGGCUGGGGUAAAAAGAGGACUUGCAAAGGCUGCAUACAAGAGAUAUGCAGCAUUUGCAAGCCAUUUUCAGAUAUACUGCACAAUGAAGAAAAAGGCGUAAUUGCAUGUAGGCAUAUUUUCAUUGUGUUAUAUCUAGUAAACAGCGCUUUUUAUCAAUUUUAUUUGUGUCUCUUCAAUACCAACCCUAAAACCAGCGCCAUUUCAAAAGGUAAUCAUAACUCAUCCUGCAGUAAUUAUGACCUCCGCUAUCAAGUCAUGGCUGGGACUCCUUGGUACUUGCAGGGAUCUAGCCCUGCUGGUACUUUAAAGGCAUGCUGGUCUUUGCCAUCACUGGUUAUUAGUGAUGUAGUUAUUCUGGUGUCUAUACCAUGUCCCUUCAGGCCUUUUGCUGUAAACACUAGCUUUUCAGAGAAAAGGGUCUCAGCCAGAAGAAGUGUAGCUAGGGCUGACCUUAUUUCCAGCGUUGCGCGGGUCUGGCUCUGCCUCCUUGGCUGACAUCACAAAUGAUGAUCUCAGCCGAUCACAAAACAUAUAUCACUUUUGAUGAUGUCAGCCAAGGAAUCGGAUUUGGGCAUCCUCAUGUGUAUGUGUUAGUUCAGUAGGAUAGGGGAUAAAAAUUUCUACAGUGAACACACUGUGCUUUAAGAUGUGAUUAAAAAUGUAACCUUUUUCUUUGUUGGCUCUAUGAGUCACAGCCAGGAGAGGUGUGUCUAGGGCUGCAUAAACAGAAACAAAAGUUAUUUAACUCUUAAACAUCAGAGAAUUGAGCAAUGAGAUUGAUGAAGGCACGAUCUCUAUGUAACUGCAUAAUAAUUAUUAUGGUACUUGGAGUAUCCCUUUAACGUAUUGAACACAGUUUUUUUUUUUUCUGUCUACCACACUACAAUUUGUUAUAUGGCAGGAUAAUAAUUCACCUCACUGAAUGUGUGGUAGGGCAAGCAUUGAGUGACUUCUCACUUAGUGCCACCCUCUGAUCAUAGAAUAAAGCUAUGCACUCUUGUAAAAAGUCAUUUGAACUUACACCUGAUUGAGGGCUCAGUGUGUUUAUAAAUAGAUAUGGUACAUAGUGUACCACAAUAAUUGCAGCUUUUCAUGCGACUAGUGGUUUGUGAGCAUGACGUCACAAAUAUUGUUUAGAGAGGGGCUAAUUGGUGUAUACAAACUAAUUUUCAGGGUCAAUUUCAAUCGGUUCUGUCACCCUUGGAAUGAGGACUGUAGCUACACAGCUUAAACACAUAUUUGCACUAUUAUAUGUAUUUGAUUAAAAGUAAGCAACAUUAGUCCUCUACCUAUACAGCUUUAACAUGUUACAGCUUGUAUGUGUGUUUGACUGAAAGAGGCAAAGACAAAAUAAAUAUUUAUGUUAACACAGUCAAAAUCCAUUUUAUUUAUUUUUUGAGUCUACAAUACGCGGAAACCAUAUGCGCUAGAAAAGUACUGUGAAUUCUGUGCGCUUAUUAUAGGCAGCUGGAGCACGAGCUAAAAACUCUGUUAAGUUUCCGCUCUGCUGCACUCUGCAAAAGGAGCAGGGAAAGGAGGGAGGAGGGAUUCCCCAGGGGCGCCUCUGGCUGCCCCCAUUCUCUCUGCCGACCAGCUUGGCUCUCGCAUCCAAUUAAAAGUGAUGUGAGGUGGAUGGCUUCCCCUAGAAAAUGGAACACCUUGUAUGUGAUAAGAGGAGGGAGGCGUGAGGAGAGACAGGGAAGCCCCCUGAUUAAAAGGAUUCUAUUAUUUAUUUUUCACUACUUCCUUCUAAAGGGAGCUAUCAGCAAAGGAAUUAACCACUAACAUACAUUUGUAUUCCUUUUUCCUCACCAAAUACACUAAUGAUUAGAAAAGCCAGACUCUUCUCUUAAUAAUCUAUGGGGAAAUACAUUCAUUUUCUGAUUAACCACAAAAUGUCGGUGUAUCUGUAAAAAUAAACAAUUAUUUCAAAUAGAUUGAGUUAAUAGUUAUGCUGUGCAAAGGAGAAUCCGUGAUUGGACAGAGGGGAGCAGCAAUAAACAAUAAUGGUGAUCAACAUGGUUUGUUUAUGUGAAAGCAGUAUUAAUCUCUCACCAUGUCUGAAAGAAUAGGGCAGCUUUAAAGGGGUAUUUCAAGCUGAAUGUAACUCCACAAUUUUAAUAUAAUAAUUUACGAAUAAUGCAUUCAAACAAAAUAUACCAAACAAUAUAAAAUAAAGUGUCAAAAAAACAAGCUGCUGCUAAUCCAAAGGCAAACGGCAAUAAGAAGCCUCUUACACUGGUCUGUGGUGUUUAAGUGUUUCCUAUAAACCCCGUCCAACAAUUUUAUGGGUUUUGUAAAUAGAACCCUAAGCUGCAGUUCUACUCAUUAGAUUUGAUGAGUGGAAUCACUGAAGAAGAUAGUAGGCAUGUUACUUCGGCUGUUUACAGUAUUCUCCUGAGCUACCAACUGCACAGCCAUGGCUCACCAGGAGUUAGGGACUCACACUCCUUAUACACCUAUUUGGAAUGGUAAACAAAUUUGUGAAACUAUCUCCUUUGACAUCUGAAAAGUGGGGUUCAGUUUUAUAAGACGCUGUAUGAUGAGAGACCGUGAUAUGAGACCACUUUGCCCCAUAACCUAUGCAAGACCAAAUGUGAGAGAACUCCAUUUAGCAAUAUUUGUGAUUGGGAAUGUGAGAUCAACCUUCAAGGAGUAUGCUAAGCUCCAAGAGUACAUCAGCUUAUUAUAGUGGUUAUGGUGCGGAGUCUAUGAGCGCUGUUUUAUCAGGUUUUUAUAAAAUCAUUUUGUUUCUUGCACCCAUAACCCAGUCUCACUACAGCUAAAUAGAGGAGGCAGAAAUCAUACUUCUGCAUUACCCAUAUGAAUUCAGCUGUGGACAGCAACAAUAGUCUGGGAACUCUGUGGGCCUAUCAAAAAUGUAGAACUUUGUGAAUUACUCAGCAAAUUGAUUGGAAACGGCAUAGAACUAUUUUCAAUUAUGAAGAGACUUGCGCACAACACUAAAUAAUGGAUGCUGUAACUAAAGGGAAGCUAAAUUCUAUGAAAUUGUUAACAGAGAGGGAUAGAACAGUAAAUUACCCUCAAAGUGAAGAAAAUCUUGAAUAAAAAAAGAUGUCUCUUUUAAAGCUUAGGAAAGGACCAGCGCUAUAGAUAGCAUUAUCUGAAUUACUGUAAGCAUUCAAAUACAUUAACUAAAAAAGUGUGCAGGUUCCUGUAAUGUAACAAAGGCAUUAUCGCUAGAAAUUUAUAUCAAUUGCAAGUGAUUUAAUAAAACACUUUUUCUGCCAACUGUAGUGGUUUUGUAAAGAUCCAGGCUCCAUCCAUGGCUAUAUCUUUGCAAAUCUGAUUCUUUGUUUCCUUUUCUCGGCUGUAACCCAGCGCAACAUCCUAGGGUAGCACUCAGAAACAGGGAAGGUAAAAAAUAGUCCUGGCUUUAGAAUACUGAUUUCAAUAAAGGAGGUAUUGGGUGAUUUUCCUCAAAAAUCUAAAUCGUAUUCAAUAAGCACUUUUAUUUUGAUAAAAUUGUAUUUCCACACACACACACAGCCACAAAACGUUUAUGGACAAGAACAUUACAUUUUAUUAAGAAAAAAGGUUUGCACUCAAUCACAAAAAUUAACACAGGGUGCACGGAGUAUGGGUAUGCAAACCCCAUACAAUUUACAUAAAUGGAAAAAUCUCAGGCACUCACUGUGAUAUGUUCAAGGCAGUUUUUAUUGGAUCUGCAACGUUUUGACCUGUACCCAGGUCUUUAUCAAGCUAACACCACAGUAACAAGAAAACAUUUUUAUACACACAUAACAAUUAAUGUGAAAUUACAAAAUUCAUACGCCACUGAACAUAUUGCAACUAUUUACACACACUAUUAACACACUGACACAUGCGCACCUGGUUGCAUAUACACACACUGACACAUACACACACCCAGACAUACAGAUACACGUACUGGCACAUACACACACUCAGAUACACACUGACACACAGAUACAGAAACACAUACAUGUUAUAAUUUUUAUAUUUGCAGUCACCCUCCUUUUAAGUAAGGACCAUUUGUGUCCAGGAGGGUGGCUUGUGUGGGGUCCUGGUGAUGCUGGCUGAGGGGAGUGAGCGUGAGGGUCUGCAGCAGCUCACUCCUGCUUCUCCCCAUGCUGUCUGUGGUGCCGCCGCAUCCUGUUUCCCUUCCACGCGGCACUGUCAUAUGAAGCUGGCUUGAAGUGAUUGUUUGUCACUGUCUCCUAGACAGCAGAUACUACAGGGUUUGGACCAGCGAUGCCCAUCCGGUGGCCCGCAAAUUAUAUACAAUAUCUAGGAAAUCACACCAAAUCUGACAGGGAGCCGCUAUUAAAAUGCAGGAGAGUCCCGGAACUUCUGGGAGGUUUGGGAUGUCUACAUUCAUCUUGUGUGAAUUCUCUCUCUGUACAGCAUAGUCUGAGGCUAGCAGAAAAUUAUGGGAUUUGUCAACCAAUGAUGUUAUAGGUGAAAACAGGAAUGUUUUGGGAGUGGAGAACUUUCAUUCAACUCGCAGUGUCCAUGAAAAGGAUUGUUUAAAAAUGAAAGGAGACUUUGUUUACAUUACUGCUAACUUAAAGCCACACUUUCCCUGGCUGCAACUGACACAGCCUGCAUGAAAACAAAAUGGUUUCAUUUUCAAUAAGAUGUUAACUUAUAUUUGACAUUUGUAACUCCUGCUCUGUAAAUUGAACUUUAUUUACAUACAGGAAGCUCCUGCAGGGUCUAGCAAGCUACUAACAGAAGUUUCCUCAAACAUAGAUUUGUGGGAUUCCAUGCCCUAGUGAACUGGUCUAUGUUCAGGGAAAUUCCCCCAAACGUAGACCUACUUUCUUGCACAUAAUUGCUACAGUUUUUCCCUGACAAAUUAGGACAUCCACUGAAAAUGAGCCCUAGUGCAUUUUUGGGGGGCAAAAAUUAAUAUAAGACUUGGUCUUAUUUUUGGGGAAAUACUUUAUAGAGGUGAAGUUAAGGGUAAAGAGGACCACCCGCGGGUGCAGGCCCCACCCCAACUGUUAGGUCCACCAGUUUCUCCCCGUCCUGGUCAGACUCUGGUCAAACCAGAGUUGCCCUUGCUCAGUGUGUCUAGAGCCUGCACCAAGUAGAGAUGCCCUUAAAGCUUCUGACGCCUAAAUCUUCUCCACACUAUGCAGCCAUUGCUCCCUGGUGGGAAUCCCUUCCUGUUUACAGAGUGCAGGUAGCAGCGAUUUCGCUGAGCUGUUUAGUUGUUAAUGCAUUUCAUCAACAUGAAGUUGGUUACGGACUUGCUAUUGAGCACUGGCGUUACUUGCGGAGUACAAAUCAAGUUAUGGCGGAGAAAAAAAGUGAUUGAAAACCCCUUCCACCUGAAGUCAGUGGAUAGUCACACUACAUUGUUAAACACACUUUUUACCUAACGUUAGAAAGUGUUUAGGAAAACUGUGCAAGUCACAUGCAGGGAGGUGUAACUAGGGCCCCAUAAACAAAGUGAUUUAACUCCUAAGAGAAUUGACUGUAUGGGCAUGAUAUAUACACUAAAACUGCUUCAGCGAGCUACAGGUUUUUUGGUGCCUAGUGUCCCUUAAACUUUCAUGGCCUGUAAGCAGCUUCUUGGGAUAUAUAAGAAGGUCUGGAUGAAUGCGCAGUUCAGGGUUAAUUGUGAUUUUCUUGAUGUGAAUAACUGUAUUCUUAGGGUGAAUGAGCAGAUUUAACUAGCUAUAUGGGCAGAUUCCUAGGUCUCGGGGGUUAUUGGAAGGUGAAAGGGGGUAGAUAGAUCUAGGUUAAUGGACAAAUUAGGCUGAAUAAGUGGUUUCUCUGGACUGAGGAAUAGAUUUUGGGAGUCAAUGAACAGAUUUAAUGGGGUGAAUGAGCAAAUUCUUGAGAUAAUUGAUCAUAUUAACAAGGUCAGUUGGAAGAUUCGUAGAAUGAAUGAGAUUAUCAGGGUGAGUCAGCAUAAGGCAAGGUCAGGCAGACUUCACUGACUUCAUAUUCUGCGUUGGUUGAUACUUGAGCCUCAUGAUUAUUGCUUAAGUUUGUAAGUUGAGUUCUUAGAGAAUGUGCAAGUGAUCAGAAUUAAUUAAAUUAAUUGUUGGCACCUGAAGAAACAUUGCUUUGCAUGAUGUAAUUAAAGUUAAAAUAUGCUCUGAUAUUCUCUUAGGACUGUUUGACUACCACAGUUGGUGCUUUUCUCCCUAGAAUUUUAGGCUUUUAAGUUAAGGGGACAAUAUAGACACUUAAACCACUUCAGCUCAUUGAAGUAGUCUGGGUGCAGUCUCCCUAUUGCACUUUGUGCUGCAAUAUAAAACAUUGCAAUUACAGAGAAACUGCAAUGUUUACAUUGCAGCACUAAGUCUGCCUCCUGUGGCUGACUACCAGACAGCCUCUGGAGAUGCUUUCUGGAUCCUAAUGGACUUUUGGUCCGUUAACUGAUGCUGUGCGUCAUAUUUUUUCCCCAUAGGAAAGCAUUGAUUUAAUGCUUUCCCAUAGGGAGGUCUAAUGUGCCUGAUGCAUUUGCUGCGCAUGCGCAUUAGCGCCCGCAUGUCGCAGGAUGUUGGAGGAGGUGAAGCUGAAACCCAUCGCCUAGAAAGGUAAGUAAAUUAAGGGUUUUUAACACUUUAUUCAUGUCAGUGUGGGGGAGCGAGUGAGGGGUGAGACAGAGGGAGCCAUAGUGCUAGGAAUACAGCUUUGUAUCCCUUUAAUGUCCUGAGUCUAAGGCAGGAAUGUACUAAACAUAGAGCCACAUGUUUUACUUAAACUUUCAUGAUGAUUUGCCAUUCUAUAGUGUAGUAAAGCUUAAUUGGAGUUGUAAUUCUGACUCUUUAUGGAUACAAUUUUGCAUCUCACUCUGACUGCUGUUUGUACUGCAGAGGGACUCUGCAACAACAAAAAACCCUAACUAAAAUAAAUAAAUAAAUAAAGGGAGAGGGGUGUAAAAGGAGUUGAGCUACAACAGCAGUGUUGCUGCUGCCUAAUAGGAGAAGGCAGUAUGUGCAGUUUUGUAUAAAAUAUGUAAUUUGAUGUUAAAGUUAUGUGACUGGAACAUGGUUACCUGGCUCUUAGGCUGUAUUUAGCCUUGUUUAAGACCGUUAAUAUUUACAUUAUCAGUCUCAGGAGCUCUGGCAAAUUAGGCAGUUGAGUAGUGCACCAGUUUGAAACUGGCAAUGUGUGAAAGAACGGACAAGAUAUAAUUUUAAUGAAAGAGGUGGUAGUGUUGAAAACCCCUGAACUGGCCCUGGGCACGUAUAGUGAUUUUAAAGCUUUGCUGACAGUGUUUUAGUUAAACUAUUUACCAAUUUACAUAUUAAGCAUUCAAAUGCCAUUUCUUUGGGUGCCAGCUGUUGAAUAUAAGAUCUGGGCAACUGUCCAGGCAACUUCAAAGAUGCUUCUAUGGCACUUCUUGAGUUAUCUAAUAAUAUUGCAAGUAAAACCCCAAUAAGUAGUUAUGUCUGAGGCAUCUUUGUACCAUUUUGUGUUCUAACCUUACCAAAUCAUGGUUUUGUACACGGACAAUAGGAGUUUAUUUUGUCCCAAAGCUAAAGUAUACCCUUCUAAAUAGUUGUUUUGAUUUAAGUCCUGCUAAUUACAAAGUAAACCCAUAAACUACAGGUGAAGCUUGGCAAAUUUCCAUAUAUACCGGGCGAUUUUAAAGAAGGUGGCUUUACACUGUUUUGGAAUGCUUAUUCUUGGUAAGUUUCCAAGAGUGUGUAAGUCUGACAAAAGGCCAAAAUCAACCGAGCAAGUCAUUCCAAUCAUCUGUAUGUAUCGCUGCCUCUUUGUUAAUUCUAUGUUUCCAUGAUUUGUUUUUAAAUGCUCAUGUACACACAGAAUCACUUUACAAUAAUGUGGCGUUUGUUUUACAUGAAUACUUGCUGAAGUAAAAAUGUGAAUUUCGGAUUUAGGGCCAGAGUAGCAGCAGUGACAGCAUUGCGGACUUAGACAUGUUUUCCAGUUUGGCUAUUUUGACCUUAAAAUUUGAAUUCACUUUGAAUUCUCACUUUAGUGAAUAAUCCUCUCAAUUUUUUUUAUUUUUUUUUAAAUGAUCUUUCACACUAGCUCGGUGAGAAUGCACAUGCUAUCUCUGACCAACACGGUGAUUAAAACAAGUUAUUGUAAAUUCCCCUCUCUGUCAAAAAAAAGAGAGUGGGCAUGAUUAGAAGCUGCUACCAUUUCAGUGGCUGAUGCUUAUUCAGCCGAUAUCACAAAAGAUGGUAAGAUUCCUUUUUAAGAGCGGAUGUAAUUUGUAGUGCUAAUUUACCAUUAAAAUGUUUACGUGUCCUGCUGAGAGGAAUGUCUUACAAUAUGACACCACUGAGUUAUUAUGGAUCUUUUUCUCUAUCAUUGUCUUACCCUUUCAUUUUUUUCCUCCUUCCUUUCAGCUCACACUGCAGAGCACACAGUGCAGAGUGGCCUUCUUUGAAGAAUUGUAAGACGUCACCAGUGUGAUGCAGACAACCGCAGUUUCCCCAAGGACAUGCUUAACAUGGGCUAGUCUCAGUGACCGAAAAGGGAAAUUAUGCAGCACUGACAUACAUCAUCACAACUGUGACAAGGGACAAUCAUGAAUAUAUCCCAACUGGCUUUUAUUAUUAUUUACCUGUGUUGUCUCUUUAUUAAGCUGAUGAAGGUUAAAGCAGCAAUGCUGUGAUGAGGUCAUUGAAAUGGUUUAAAAAUUUCAUUUUUUUUGUGUAUUUGCCCCUACUCACAUUCUGAACUGACAUGGACUAAGCGGUGAAAGCUAGGUAAACGUUGAAAUGGAUUGCACAGAUUAGACCAUUUGCUCUAGUUUGCGUUCAUCCAUCUUGAGCUAUCCAUACAACUCAGGGAUGUGCAAGCUGUGUUUCUGGCUAGCUGAGCAUGCUGUGAGUUAAAGUCUAACGGGCUGGAGAAGGGCACAGGCUACUUAACCAUGUUUAACUGCUUGUAUAGAUUCAUCAGUUAUCGCAGCCUCCUGUUACUGCUUCUUAUCUACCAAACUCACACCCUGGGCAUCUGUGGCACUACAGGAAAGGGAGGGUGCGUCAUAGGGAGAACGAAGGAGGGAGUUGUUUGAAGAGUGGAUGCUGCCAUGAAAUCUCAGUGACCUAAUUCAGUUUGCAAUGAUGGAUUUUAAAAAUAAAACUGCAGUAUUUUUAUAUGUAUAUUUUAUAUAUCCCCUCUGUCUGUCCUUGUUCCAGUUUUAAGGUUGCAGGACGUACGUGUCUGUGUGUCAGAGAGAGGUCUCCAUAUUAUGUCUUGCAUUAUUAAUAAAAAAAAAUUUAAAAAAGAAA